GGCUGUGCCAUCUCCGCCGAGCGUGCAGGAGCAGCAUCCGCGCUGCCUGGGCAGAGGCGCAGCAGCGGCCGAGCGAGGCGAGAGGGUGGCCCGCGGCAGAGGCGAAGCGCCCGGGAAAACAGCGCGGCCAGGCUGCGGGAGAGGCUUUCGGCGGCCGGAGCAGCCCGCUUUCUCACGUGCUGCUCGGAAGGUAAGCGAAACUCAGCGGCGCCGGCGGAGUUCCUGCUCCUGUCGUGGGGACAGACGCAUCUCCUGCCCGCAGGAGCAGCCGCGACCAGAGCGCAAAGGUAGGCGCGUUUCCCCCGCUGCGAGAGGGACGCAUUGUUGUCUGGUCUUUGGAUGCGCACCCCUCCGCGCGUAUGGAGAGGGAUGGGGUGCCUUGCGCUCUCUCUCCAUCUGCAGCGGGGAGAGAGAGACAGAGAAAGAGAGAGGAGCAGCAGCAGCAGCAGGAAGCCAGGAGCCCCAGUAAUAGCCAUUGUCAGUCGCAACAAGCUGCCCGCUCGACGCUUCCUCGGCUGCGCUCACGCCCAGCAGCGCCGGGAGGGCGGCGUUGGUGCAGGAAGGCUUCCUCGCUCGCCGGCUUGUUUUUCUCCCUCCCUGCCUGGCUGCCAGCGAAAGCUAAUCCUCCGGGCUGUUUCCCCCGCGUCUGGGUGUUCCCAGGAACAAAGCUCAGAGACUAGGGCAGGGUGUCUGGCUGCGGGCACCCCGAGGCUACACUCGAGCCCGGCUAGAAGUUUGGGCGUGUGGAUUAUCAUAUUAUCUGUGGCUUCCCCUCCCUGCCUUUCUCUCUCUCUCUCCACCCUCCUCCUCCUUUUGGAUUUGUGAAAGCUCUCCUUCCCUCCUUUUUUUGAUUGGCAACGUGCAAAAAACCCAACCACCAAAGCACACAACCCAUGUGCUUUGUUCUUCUGAGCGAUCUGUGAAGAGUGACUGGAGAGCGAGCGAGGGAUGGGAUGUUUCAUUGAGCAGCAAAGGAGUUACUUAGCUGCGUGUGGACUCGAGCCCCGAGGCUGGUAUUGAAGGAGCACUUAAGCGUAGAAUGGAGGCAACUUGUUCAGGCCAGCCGGAUUCUUUGGUUUGGGAUGGAGGGGUGGGGGCAGGGAGGGGUGAGUGAGGACAGAUGCGAUGCUUAGAAGGGAAUCUCCUCAAGCUGUCAGUUGCUCAACCCACAAGGGGUGUGUUAUGAUAAUACAAGAGUCCAAAGAGGGUUGCAGAUUCAGGUGUCUCUCAUGCACACAGACAAGACACUGGCACUGCUUUCAGAGACAUCUCUGGCUGGGUGCUCCUGUCCAAAGAAGGCAGGAAGAGAGGAACUCCCUUGACAGCUCUCUGGGUGCAAAUCUGGGCUCUGGAAGAGUAGAGGCGUCUCCCGUUCUAAGAGUUCCAAGCUUUCCAGCAUUCAUCUGAUUUGGGGGGGGGGGGGCUUGUAAAAGGGAAGAGAGAGAGAGGCUCUUCAGGGUUAAAUUUCCAAGAACAUUCUCUUAUCUGUGGGACUUAAGCUCUCUCUUAUCAGGAGUAGGAAAUGUCCAGAGAGGCUGCUGGGUUUUUUUCUCUGAGCUCACAAGUGCUGUAGUGCUGCCCUGGCUUCCCAUUGGGGUUUCAUUUUGCUGGGCAAGAUUAAAAGCCAGAAAGAAAGAAAGAAAUUGGGGGGGGGGGUUUAAACAGAUUUUGGUGGGUGGGUGGAUUAUAUGAGUUUCAGUGGAGUAAUGAACUAAUCUAUCCAUUUUAAAUUUGCAGUUGGGAAAAUAUAUUUCUGAAAGCAGACACAUACUUUAUUCUCUGGAUGAUGUGCCCAUGUGGUUUCAGUGAUAGGCAUAAUCUUAGGAGAGACAUCCUUUCUGUGUGUGAUAGAAAGGAGAAUGCCACUUUUUAGGAAGGUGCUUGGCACCUGCAAUCUGUACUAACCAGGUGUAGCUGAUGUGGCGCCCCUGGGGGUUGUUGGACAGCAGUUCCCCACACCUGUUACUAAUGUUUGUAUGAAAAACAAUCCAUUUUUAAAAAGAUGAAUAUCAAAGUGGUUAAUUAUACUUUAAUUACACUCACAAUGUGAAGAGAUUUUUUUUUAAAAAAAUAAAUAUUAAACUUAAAGCUAAGUUGUGGUCAGAAAAUUCAAGCAUUUUUUUAAAAAUGGCAGCAUUAUAUUUGGCGUUAUACACAUCAUAGGAAGUUUUGAAAAAGUUGUUUAAUAAGGAGUAUUUAAGCCUGAAAAAACUUCAAAAAACAUUUCUACUUGAAGCCUAAUAAAAAGUGAAAGACAUAACGAUUAGGCAGCAGACCACCUCCCUUUUCUGUAGCCUGUACAGCAGGUAUGGGGGAUCUGUGGCUCCAACUUCCAUCAGCCCCAGUCAGCAUAGCCAGGGGUCAGGAAUAAUAGGGGUUAUAGUCCAGCAACAUUGGGAGGGCCACAGGUGCUCUACAGAGUGUAGAGAAACUAAAAACCUACACAUUCCUAUGCGGGUUUACUUAGAUGUUAAACGCUCUGUGAUGAAAGACUCCCUAUCAGUGCAAUGUCUAUUAGGUUAGCCUCAUUGAACUCAAUUCAGUUUACUUCCAGGUGUACACAAGUGUGCAGCAUUAGGCUGAAAUACUACCUACACUUACUUGGGAGUAAGUCUCAUACUGGGACAUACUUGUGACUGUAUGUGGAGAUGGUGCUGCACAAGAAUGUUGAUUUUAAAAAAGUACUUGAUAACCAACUUAGUCAGGAGUACACACAUUGUGCUUGCUUCAUGUGUAACAAGUGAGUGACUACAAACAUGUGGUGCAAGGAAAGUUUAUACACACACGCAGAGAGAGAGACCCUGUCCAGCACAGGCAGUAGGCACUAUGAAACACAACGAGUAGACAGCUGUAGUAGUCAUCUGACAGCAACGUUUUCCACCUUUUCCCCUAAGGAAGCUAAAGCCCAACUGCGGUGCUCUGCUGAUGUGCAAAUGGUCACAUACUAUUUCUCUAUUAUGUGUUACUGCUCUGCACAUGCUGAGCAGAUCAAAAAAUAAAACCUACCAACUUGAGAUCCUGACUUUACUGAAGUUCUGAUCUGGCUGGCUUUUUUGUGGUGUUUGUCAUACCGCCUUUCCUUUGUCCGUUUCCUCCCUCAGUUUCCUACAAUAGUCCCUCUUCCUGCAUUGUUUUCUGUGUCCAUUUCCCUUCUUUUUGCUUUUCUGUGCUAUCUCUCUCCUAAUCACAAGUGUGGUCAUAUCACGCUUCAGUAUUGCAUUCCACAGCUGCUCACCCCAAAUCACACACCCUUCGCAUUUAAACCUAUUUAACAACCUUUAAUAUAUAUAUCCUUACAACAAGCCUAUGACACUGAGGUCCUCUUCUGAGGGCCUUCUGGCUGUUCCCUCACUGUGAGAAGUGAGGUUACAGGGAACCAGGCAGAGGGCCUUCUCGGUAGUGGCGCCCGCCCUGUGAAAAUCCUCCCAUCAGAUGUCAAGGAGAUAAACAACCAUAUAACUUUUAGAAGACAUUUGAAGGCAAGCCCUGUAUCAGGAAGUUAUUAACGUUUGACGUUUCAUUAUGUUUCUAUAUUCUGCUGGAAGCUGCCCAGAGUGGCUGGGGAAACCCAGCCAGAUGGAUGGGGUAUAAAUAAAAUGUUGUUGUUGUUGUUGUUGAUGAUGAUGAUGUAGGUUUGGCUGAGAACUAGUAACCACAUCAAGUUUCCCCACUGAGUUUAAUGGCCAACAGAGAUGUCAACCUAGGUCCCAGUUCAACACUUUGACUGCUACACUAGCCCUAUUCAGACAAAUGUGUGAGGGCAGAAACUAUGAUGAAUACAGCCACUAUGGUGAAAUACCAUAACCCCUUCACAACUUGGUGGGGUGUUUACUCUCUGAGAGCCAGUGUGGUGUAGUGGUUAAGAGUGGUAGUCUCGUAAUCUGGGGAACCAGGUUUGCGUCUCCGCUCCUCCACAUGCAGCUGCUGGGUGACCUUGGGCUAGUCAGACUUCUCUGAAGUCUCUCAGCCCCACUCACCUCACAGAGUGUUUGUUGUAGGGGAGGAAGGGAAAGGAGAUUGUUAGCCACUUUGAGACUCCUUAGGGUAAUGAUAAAGCGGGAUAUCAAAUCCAAACUCUUCUUCUUACUGAGCACUUGGUAAGCUAGUGGUUGUAGCAUCUUGCCAAACAGUGAGGCGGUUGUCCCCCCCCCCCCCCCCGAAAAAAAUAAUUCCUCCAUUUCCUUGGAUUUCUGUUCAGGCAUGGACCUGAGGUAAAAUUUGCCUCAGAACCAUUUUCCCAAAUGGUGUCCAAGUUCACAGAGGUGUGUUUCAAAUUAGGAAAUCAUCAUUGCCACUCUUUCUGUGACUAGUUUAACUGAAAUGUAAUUUGUAUAUGGAUUCCUGUAUAUAUAAAAGUGGCACUUGAGUCCAAGAGAGAGCUCUGUAAAAGGGGCUUACAGAUUUUUGUUAAUUGAGUAUUUCAUUGGAGCCAAAUUUUAAUUGGAUUUUUGGUUGGAGACAGAGUGGCAAAUAACAAAACAAUAUCAAUAAUAUAUAUAUGUUUUAAAAAGAAUGGCAAGCAAACCAGAUAUCUUCACACAACUAAUUCAAAGUUGCCAGAAACAAUAUACGUAUUUCAACUUACGACACCAUAAUUCUGUUAGGCAUGCAUGCCCCACUUCUGAGCAAUGGAAUGUUUUAGGGGUUCAGUUUUCUUUGGAAAGAGGUUACAUGAGGAGGUCCGGGAACCAAGUAAAUGUAAAAGAAGUGAUGAAAAGACAGAAUUGUUUUUAACUGUUUUUUCUUUUUUCUUUUUGUAUUAUGCAUUGUGUAUUUUUCUUUUUAUUCUUAAAUUUUUCUUUUUUAUUAAUGUGAUUCUUUUUUGUGAAACCUUAAUAAAUAUCAUUUAAAAAAAAAAAAAAGGAAAGAGGUUACAUGAAGCUUGUUUCAUAUUGUAAUAUCUGAAUUUAUUUACAAAUAUACAAGGUGAGCCUAGGAUAGAGGUCCAGAGCAGUAUCACCCCAACAGAUACUGCUCCCCACUAGAAUUCUAGGAGGGCCACAACCACCGUAGAAUUGUUGCGAGGAAAAUUCUGUGUCUCCUUUCAGUCUGAUCCACAGAACUGCAGGCUUAGACCAACCCCUCCACCGCAGGCAACAAACAAACAGAUGAGUCCCCGUUUAAAAAAGGCAGCAGCUGAGUUGAUAUCUAUCAGUUAAGAUGUGCCCCAGCAAGAUAUGACCAAAUCAGUUUCUAUAGUCUCUUGCUAAUCCUGGAUCUUUUACUGUCAGAGCCACAGAGUGAGGGCUAGUCCACAUUUCAACAGUAUUUAGCUGUCCAUCCAUUUCCCCACCAAUCACAUUAGACCAGAGUUGUCCACUCCCACAUAUAUUAGAAUUUGUUUAUGAAAAGCAACUUUGGUCUUUCCCAUUCACACCAGCAGGUGCUCCAUUGUGAUUGUCCUGGCCUUCUAAUUGGUUGAUUCUAUUAUGGUAAUUAGGUACCGAAAGGGCAUGCACAUAUAGCACACCAAUGGCUGCACACCCAACUUGUUUGUUUGUUCUAAAUUACCCACUCGAGAAGUGUCAGGCAAUUUUAAAUUUGCUUGUGCAGUUUUCUGGUUUUGUGCAAAUCUGAUCGAUUUAAGGGGGGGGGGGAUUCCUCAGUUUAUCUGAUUUUGCCUGUAUCCGAUAAACCCAGAUUUACAGGGGACAAGCAUCAAGAUUGGUGUGGUUUGAGAGUAACAUGUGAACUACACAAAUUAAAUGAGAAGGGAUGCAAAGACACAGUAAAUUCCAGUGUGGGCAAGCUCCCAAUCUUGUUAUGAACCAGUAGAUUUAUAGUGCAAUCCUGUGCAUGUAUACUCAGAAGUAAGUUCCAUUGUGUCCAACAGGACUUACUCCCUUGUAAGUGUGUUUAGGAUGCAGCCUUACAGUGUAAUCCUCCACAUGUCUGCUCAGAACUAAGUCCCAUUGAGUUCAAUGGUACUUGCUCUCAGGUAAGUGGGUAUAGGAUUACAGGCUUAAAUUCACCUUUUCUUAUUUAUUUGCAAAUAUUAUUACUAACUUCAAACUGGUUGAAUUUGGCAAACUGAACAUAUUUUAGUUGUCUCAUUUUGUAUUGAUGCGUAAGCAGAUAUCUAAUCUAAUUGUUAUCUGUGCCGCUCCAAAUGUGGGUGUUUUAUGACUCUUUUUUUGAAAUUGGCUUUUGUUUGUGAUUAUUUCUAGGCUAUUGUAAGCCACUUAGAGAUUUUCCUUGAAAUAUGAAGCAGUAUAUAAAUUGCCCACAUAAUAAUAAUCACCAGAUCCAUUGCAUUAAGCAUGCUUCCGUUUCUCUGCCAUUGCCUGAUAAUAUUAAUGUCUUCCAGUGUUUUCUCUUUCCUUCUUCCUUCUUCCUUGUGCUGGUUUCUGCUGAGAGCUUUGGCCAAAUGAGAGAUUUGGCCAGCAACUCUGGCCUCUCUCACCUAACUGAGCCAGGAGGAUUAAGCUUGGUGCACAGAUGAAAAGUGGAGCGAGGCAGAUGCAUGAUGAAUAGAGAGACAUUUGCAAACCUUGUUUAAGUCCCCAUGGAAUGGCCCCCUGCCACUUUGUUCUAAUUUAAACUGAUAAAGAGAAACGGGGGUACGCAAUCUGGGCGCUAAUUAAACAGAGCAUCAGCCAGGCCAGUAAUUUGAAAUAAUCGAAAGCAGAAGCAGAACCAGCUUGUUAGUUGAAGCUUUUUAAAAACAAACAAAAAAACAAAAAUGUAUUUGGAUAAAAUUGUGGCUUCAUCUUUUACGGAGAUGGCAAGCUUUAUGUCUGGACUGUGCCACUCAGUACUGUGCAAGAUUGCAGCCUGUGAUUCACAGACCACACAUGACCGGCCUUUAAGAAUGAUUAAAAUACAGUGGACGCUUGGGUUGCGAACAUGAUCCGUGCGAGAGGCACGUUCGCAACCUGCAGUGCCGCUUCUGCACGCGCGCAGGUUACAAUUCGGCGCUUCUGUGCAUGCGCAAAGCGUGAUUUAGCAUUUCUGCACAUGCACAAGUGCUGAAACCCGGAAGUAACCCAUUCUGGUACUUCCGGGUUCGGUGUGAUGCGCAACCCAAAAAUGCACAACAUGAAGUGGCUGUAACCCGAGGUAUGACUGUAUGGGAAUCUUCAAAAGAUGCUUCUUAGUUUACUUUCUUACCUUACUUUCCAUUGUUUUAAUAAGUGUCGCAGAAAUCCCCUUUCUGCUGGAACCCAAGCAAAUAAGAAAACAGCUCCCCCUCACAUUACAUUGCCAAGGUGCUUUCUACUACUGAAAAAGUUACCUUGUGAGUUAAACAGAAUGACUUACAGAAGCGUAAACUUAAAAAGGAAUAAAAAGUUACCGCUAAUACUUAAGAGUGCCCUGAAAUGCUGAGCACUCCUGGAAAAAAAGAUGACAAUUGAGAAUGGGACCUGAAAGUACAAUGACAUGCUGUGGUUUCAAUUAUCUUUUUGUGUGUUCCCCAGCCCUGCUUUGUGGCUUCACCAUCCAUAAUGAUUCCUUGAUCUCUUCAGAUAAAAUACGGUUACAAGUUGUGAGGAGAGAAAUUGUCCGAUACGAUCUCUCUCCUGAUAAAUGAUUUUGCCAACCACCCUCCCCUAAAUUCGCCUCUGUCUACGCUGGGCUGAUAUAGCAGUUGGCCAAACUCCUCCAGAGAACCUAGCAGAGCAUAAUUUUUGACCUUUCCUGGUUUUUCAUAUUAUUGAUUUUUAAACCUUCUUCAGCUCAAGCAAAGAAACUUGACACAGACCGUUUCUUGCGGAGAAUUUACUAACCUAAGCAAAUUAGAAUGUGUGUUGGUGGGGUCCCUGUACAUAACCAAGGGCACUUGCCUGUUUUCCUUGAUCUGUUUUUGUUUCAAAAACUUAAUGGCAUUUUGAGAAAGAAAGAAAAAACACCCCCCCACCCCCACUGAUACUUUAACAUUGUCUGGGACAAAAAAUAUAUAUCCCAGUGGCAGAAAUAUCAGUUGAACCCAGUGCUUUUUAUGUACACAAAAAAACUGUAAAUGGGGAGGGGGCGUGCGUUUACUAUGGUAUAAGUGACAACAGCCUAGAACUACAUUAUGCAAUGAAAAGUAUGCUUUACCCUAUUUGAUAAGUUUUUUAAAAAGAGUUAGAGGCAUUUAUUUGUUCAGAUUUACAAAUACAGUCAUACCUCGGGUUUCAGAUGCUUCAGGUUGCGUUUUUUCGGGUUGCUGACCACCGAAAUCUGGAAGUACUAGAAUGGGUUACUUCCAGGUUUUGGCAGUCACGCAUGUGCAGAAGCACUAAAUCGCGCUUUGCACAUGUGCAGAAGUGCCGAAUCGCAACCCGCGUGUGCGCAGAUGCUCGGCUGAGGGUUGCGGACGCUGCAGGUUGCGAACGUGCAUGCCACAUAGAUCACGUUCGCAACCCGAGCGUCCGCUGUACAGGGCUGCCAUUCUACACACACUGGGAGGUGAAUUCCAACGGUUUUCUUGCAAGAAGACAUGCAUAGGAUUUCACUCGUUGUUUGUCUCUGGCAUCUGCCAACCUGGGUAGCCAAUGUGGUUCGUCUCCCCGCCCCCCCCAUGUUGUUGGAGUCCCACCAGGCACCAGCCAGCAUGGCUAAUGGUCAAGGAGGAUGGGACUUGUAGUCUAGCAACUUCUGGAGGCCUGCGCUAAUCUGUGAUCUCUUGCCCCUGGACAAGGAGCUUCUCCUUUAGCAAUCAUGGCUUCAGUUGUAACUGUGAAUGCUGCAAGUCCAGAGAAGCAGGACGUUUGGAACAGGCGCUAAAUAAAUUGCAUCUGUUUGGUUAAAAUAAAAAUGGCACGCCUGAUAAAGUAUUAAUUUAAAAGGAGAAGGGUGUGUAGAAGAUUGUGCAUCUCUACUUCCCUGGGAUUCUGUUUGUGUAUUUAAAAAAAAAUAAACAAGUGCAAGGGAGCGACAAAAUUAAUUUCCUAGAGAUGAAAAUGGAAAUUGGAACGAUGUAUCUUCAAGUACUGUGACAAAGCGAGACUUGGCCUCCGCCCAAAUACAACCUAAUUGAGAUUUUUUAAUAUUGCUUCCUCGGUGCCCCAUAACCGCAGGCAGGGAAGUUACAGAUUGACUAGGAUUACAAAAAAAGUUAUCUCCAAGUGGGUGACUGAUAAGUUUGUUUAAUUUAUAUUUUUUGAGAUUAUUUGCAUAAUUUUACUACUGUACGGUAAAACACUUUAAAAAAGAAGAAGUUGCUUCAUAGGAGGGAAUGUCAUGUCCAAAUUAAUUUUAUAUACAGUUUGUUCAGGAAACCUAAUUGGAGCUUUGAGAACAAAUAUGCCCACUAUCAGAGGGAGCUUAGUGAAAAGCAAGGUUUUUAGAAUCUGGAAACAGGGACAUGAUUCAGUUUCCUGGGGCCUCAGUCCUAACCACACUUACAUGGGAGGAAGCCUCAUUGAAUUCAGUAGGAUUUACUGCGCAGUAGAUAAGGUUAGUAUUGAAGUUAAAGGUGCAGAAAGGUGUGUUGGUAUAGGCUUCCAGCCUUUGGUCUAGUGAUUAUGGGGUAGAAGAAAAAACUAGUUUUCGGAACUAGCUUGGAAACUGAAAUAUGCUCUUGACUGUAGGCUGUGGGGAGGGAGGGAGCAAUUUUUUAUUUGAGUUAUGGUGCAGUCCAGGAUGCAGAACCUGUGUGGUUUUAAUGUGGCCCUCAAUAUUCUUUCCCUGGCCCUCAAGAAUGUCCUCAUGACACACUCUCACUUCCCAGCCAUGCCCAUGACUGGUCUUUCUCCGUAUCUUCCUCGAAUGUUUUUGCCUGGCUGGAAUGUGUCCUGGCUGGCAAUGCUUCUUGCUGACCUGGAUGGAGAGUAGAGAGAGGCAUGUACAGAACUCAUCUUGCUGUACGAACAUAGGUGUUGCAUUCAUUUCUCCACUCACUUUUGCCCCUGGCCCUGUCACCCACUGAGAUAUGGCCCUCAGAAAAUUCCCCAAGAAAGAAUGUGGCCCUUGGCUUCUUCACCCCAUCUGUAGUUCCAGGUACUGAUUCCAUUGUAAGGAUUUGCACAGUAGAAUUAAAGGAAUGGUUGUGGGUGAGAGUAGCUGUUGUCAACUUCUACAAAUCAGGGGAAUCAAAGGUGGUGCCUUUUAGGCUGAUUUGUGCCAGAUAAUCCCAUUUUACAAAUUAGGGACCAGGGAGGCAAAGCCUUUUUCCAUGUUAGGAUCUAUAGUACCUAUUAACUGUUUUAUUUAUAAUGUAAUUCAAUAUACAUAGUUUUUCCAUCCAUCACAAGGUUUCCUAAACUUGGGCCUCCAGUUGUUUUUGAACUACAGUUCCCAUCAUCUCUGAACACUGGUUUUGGGAUGAUGGGAAUUGUAGUCCAACAACAACUGGAGGCCCAAGUUUGCGAAAUAAUGAUCCAUUAGGAUGCAUAAGGGGCCUUAGCAACAAUAUAAAACAUCUCAUUAAAAACAGAAGCAUGUAUAGCCAGAGGUGGGGAAUCUGUUGCUCUCCAGAAGUUGUUGGAGCUCAGUUCCCAUUAGCUCCAGCCAGCUUGGUCAAGAAUGAUGGGAGUUGUUGUCCAGCAACAUCUGGAAGGUUACAUAUUCCCCACCCCUGAUAUAGUACAAUGAGAACUUGAAAAGGCAUAGGAGCAGAGAAUAGGUUAGUACAUUAUUUCCUUUUUCUGGAAUAGCAGAAUCAUAAACUACUGUCUAAUGAAAGCUCAGUGGUGUGUACUCUCACAGCAUCAUCUAGGAUGAUGCUUACAUUUGUCCCUUAGCCCAUCCUUGCACUCUUACAAAGCAGUGGUUAAAUGUUGCACCAUUGUAUAUAAAAGUCACUUCUGGCUAUAUAUGACCUUGCUUUCUGCACAUCACCCACUUUCUCUUUUGGCUUAAUACCAGCUGUUGAUGAGUGCGCCAGAUUCUCAAUAGGCCCUUUUAAAAUAAGUGAUGCAAGCAACACACUUUCACAACAUGCUCGCAACUUUAUUUGCUUCCUUUUCUGCAAAAUCUUGCAUUUGGGAGAAGAGGUGGGAGGUGGUCGUGAGUGCUGUACAGCAAACCCAGGGAAUGGGGAAUGAAUGUUUCCCAGCCUUGAUUUGCGUAACGUGCCUGUUGCCUUCUUCUUGAAGGGGAAGUGGUUUUUCAUAUUGAGGAUAAUCAAGUAUGAAUCUAUUGUGUAGUAUACAGUGGGAACUUUUGGAUUUCUUCCUAACUAUUGCUCUGUUUUAAAAAAUACACUGAGUAGGGUGUUGUUGUUGUUUUUUUGCAGUUCAGUGGCCCUCUAUUACAAAGAGUAAAUAUAUAUGUAGAUAUUGGUGGUUAGAAACCCACAUUCAAUAUCAUCACCACCCUGGCAAUUUGUAGGGCCUUAACGCUAUGGGGCACCAACAUAGGGUACCACUACAGAACCUUGGAGAGCUCCAGGCAAUCAACAGUGUUCUGACAAUUUCUGAGACUGAACCAUUUUAUUCCUCCAGGGCUAGGCUCUGUCCUAGGCUCUGCCUCUUACCUGAAGAGUGGAAGGUCUUAAAAGGGCAGCCCUCUGGCUUAGAGCCUACCACUCCCAGUCUUGAUUAUUUUCCCCAAGGCUCAUUGACUGCACGGAAAGUGGCAAGGGAAUGUGUAGGAUUCCUGGUGCGGAAGACAGCUGCUCUAGAAGAGCAGGCUUAGGGAUUGUUGACUGUGGAGACACGAUUCGGAUGUCCUUGGUUCAAGGGCUGUCAGCUUGGGCUUGGCCAUGAUGUUAAUCUUGUUCCCAACACCCAUGUCUCCUGUGCCAUUGAUGUGACUCCUCUUAAUCUGGUUUGUAGUAAAAAAUCUAGGUUGCUGCUUACAGUGGGGCAGUCUGGUGUUGACAAACAGAGUCCAUACUUUGGCUCAGUCACUUUUAUUAGGCAGUCACAGAGGCUUUAGUCAUAUGUUGGGUCUUCUCCGUAGCUCUUAUGAGGAGGAACGCUAGCAUGGAUUCCUCUCAUUUGGCCCCAUCUUAUCACAUUACCCUGGAUCAAUGUUGCAGAAGAAAAGGGGUUAAUAUUAGAUGCCAUGUAGUAUAAUACUUUUAAAGAUAUGAGCUACGAGACAGAAAGUCUUUAAAUUCAAGUCUCAUCCAGUCAUAAGCUUACCGGUCAGCCUUUUAUCAUGAUGUUUCAUGUGGCUGGUUUUUAUGUUUUCAGUUUUUACUUUAUGUUAUGAGCUGCCUCAAUGUCAUUUGGUGGAGAGAUGGAAUGCAUGUUUUUACAAGCCUUGAGGAGAUGAGCCCCCUUUUUAAAAAUCAGAUUGUGGGACAGCAACAAACGAUCACAUUUGCAAUGCCAAACCUAGAAAGGAGAGGCUUUGUCAUCCACUGAAGCAGCAAUAUCGCUAAGCACCUGAGACAGGUAAAAAAGAAACCACGUUUAGCCCUGUCCUGCGGGAAAAGUUUGUGCACAUGGCGGCAUCUCAGAUGAAUGCAAUUCAUUUCCUUUCCCAGAAAGUAGUGGCACUGAUGAGUUAUGAUUUUCACAUGUGUAGCCGUAUAUCCAGCUACCUCAUGGAGGUGAAUCACUUUAAGAUGCUAUUUUUUAAAUGGUCAUGUGAAUAAGUCUAAGGUGGUUCUGUAAAAGAUCUGCCAAUUUUCAUCUACAGUAAGGGUUCCUCACCGCUUUUCACCCUUGGGCAAUCCUCUGUGGGUCUCAAGCCACUGACGAGUGUGGCCACCCUUUUCCCCCCACAGCACACAAAAGGCAGGCACACAAACAGGCACACAGCCCCCCCUCUCAGCUGAUCCGUGCAGAUCACUUGUGGAGGUGAGGUUACCACCCCCUUUUCCACUCAUCCAAUUUGCAUCCCCAUCAGGGUGCUGGGCUCUGUGCCAUACGAGAAAUAAAACCAGUUAAUGACAACUAUUCCCCCCUGUGCCGGUAAUCUCUCUCUUUAUAACUGCAUGUUGAACACUCAUAAUCAAAAGCUUCAGCAGUCAAUUGCAUAGUAUAGCAGGGCAGGGACGAUGUUAAUUAAGGAGAAGUGCGAAAUCAAAAGAGGAUCUUGUUAUCUUGCUGCUGGGAGUCAAACUAGGUGUGAUGUGGGAGAACUCUUUCCUCCCCACCCUCCUUUGUUUGGAAACCAUCCUGCAGACAAAAGUGUUUGGAUUUGGGGCUGUGGUGCUAAGAGAGAUGGGUACAAUCUCUCCCUGACUUCAGUUGUCUCUACCCAUUAAGGUAAAGGUAAAGGGACCCAUGACGAUUAGGUCCAGUCGUGACCGACUCUAGGGUUGCAGCGCUCAUCUCCCUUUAUUGGCCAAGGGAGCCGGCGUACAGCUUCUGGGUCAUGUGGCCAGCAUGACUAAGCCGCUUCUGGCGAACCAGAGCAGCCGUUUACCUUCCCGCUGGAGCAGUACCUAUUUAUCUACUUGCACUUGGACAUGCUUUCGAACUGCUAGGUAGGCAGGAGCAGGGAGCGAGCAACAGGAGCUCACCCCGCCAGGGGGAUUCGAACCGCCAACCUUCUGAUCAGCAAGUCCUAGGCUCUGUAGUUUAAUUAGCUACAGUUAAAAAGAUGGUAUUCUUCUUAUUUAUUUGUUUGCAACACAUACACCAUCUAUCUCUCUGUCUAUAUAACCAAAAUAAUCAUAUGCAAUUUAAUUAAACAAUUAAAAAACAUUAUUUUAUAAGCAAUAGUUCCUAUUCGUGAUUGCUACAUUGCUUCCAGUAUCAUGCUUCUGUGUACUAUUUGCUAGGGAUGAUAGAAGAGGGUUGUUGUACUAAUGUUCAGUGCAUGAGCUUUCCAGAGGUAUCUAGUUGGCCAUUGAGAGAACAGGCCAAACUAGAUGGGCCUUUAGCCUCAUGCUGCGGGGUCAUCGUAAAGGUAAAGGUACCCCUGACCAUUAGGUACGACCAGUCACGGACGACUCUGGGGUUGUGGUGCUCAUCUCGCUCUAUAGGCUGAGGGAGCCGACGUCUGUCCGCAGACAGUUUUUCUGGGUCCUGUGGCCAGCAUGACUAAGCCGCUUCUGGUGAACCAGAGCAGUGCACGGAAAUGCCGUUUACCUUUCCGCUGGAGCGGUACCUAUUUAUCUACUUGCACCUGACGUGCUUUCGAACUGCUUGGUCAUCUUACCUUCUGUUUAAAAAACCUCAAAACAAUUAAAUAUGAAACAACAUAGAGUUGAAUUGAAAACUUUAUGCUGAGUUUGAAAUACAGCAUCCAUCCAGCACUCAAUAUACAAACCAUUCAAGUGCCUAAGAGAAUGAAAAUAUCUUAACCCAAUGCCUGAGAGAUGAUACAGUGAGUUUCAAAGUUAAUAGCAGCUUUGGGAGUGGGGGAGGGGAGUGAGUGAAAGGGUUAAAACAAACCUUUCUCUUGUACAGCGGCCCUGAUCACAAAUUGCUCCCCAUGGCUACUUGUCCCCAAUGUCCCCAAUGACAGCCAAUCACGGAAUUCAAGUGUAGUAUUUGUAACAAAUGAAACUGGAUUUUAGAUAUUUGCCCAUUCAGCAUGGAGGAGUGGUGUGGUUAUAAAAUGUGCAAGACAGAAGUUUAUUCCACCAGACAUUGUUUACUCUGCUGUGGCAUGCAGCUUCAUCUGACGACUUUUAAUUAGCAGAUUGCUGCUAAUCCCAAGUCUUUCCCUUUGAACACCAGGAGAACAGCUUUGUUUAUGUUCUGUGUUUUUUUAAAUUGUGUGUUCAGCUUGAAUUGACAAAACUAUUCUUAAUUUAACAUUUUUCCAGCUUUGAUGCUGGACAAAGUAAGCAAGUGCUACUAAGAUCUUUUAUGUUUCCUCAUUGUCUUAGCUGUAUUUUGGAAAAAUUUAAAUUCUUUGCUCUCAUCUCAGUAAAGAAACCUUUCCUCCUUUCAUGCCAGAUGCACUUUCGUAGUCUAGCCUGAAUUUCAUGGAAAUAGGCUGAUAAUACACCCACUUACACACAUUUACACACACACACAUAGGAACACAUUUUUCUUGUAUCUGAAUAUUAAAGUUCAGAUGUUACUACAAGUCCUCAGAAUACUGUAUUGUAAUGUGGCAAGACAAUGAAGCCAUGGGUUAGAUCCUUCUUCCUUUCUGAACCCAAAUUGUUUUGUCUAGUUGCUUGUGUCAUUUCCUUUAUCCUUGUCAACAGCUCGUAGGCCAGUGUUUGGUUUUCUUCCAUGUGGUGCCAUUUUCCGACCAUGCCAAGUUCUCAAGAAGAAGCACAGCUGAACUGCUGGAUGGAAAAGUUGCAAACAGAUGGAUUGUGUAAGGAAUACUUUGGCAAGGCCAGGCUAGAAAUAAAACAGAAGGAGCGUAUUCGGCUGGGAGCAAAUGGAGAAGGCGACUUGUGCAUUUUCAUUGUUAGGGCUGUUAACUGUGAGGGUGGGCUUUGAGUUUGAAGGAGCCCUUCCAAGCAAAGUGUCCUCUGGUGGGCCACCUCUUCCAUCGCUGGUAGCAGCAAAGGACCACAGCUCUGAGAAGUACCAGGUAGCUGGGUCUAGCACAGAAGCAGCUCACUGGGAGAGGCAGAGCCACUAUGCCAAAUUCUUGUCAUUUCAGUUGUUGCUUAUUGGGAGGGAGAGGUGGCGGGAUGAGGCAGGGAGGUCAGCGCGGUGCAAAUGUGAUGCUCUUGCCAUGGGAGGAAUUUUUCAGAAUUUCAGCUUUCCAGAUGGAACGAUUCCCCCUUUCCUCUCCAUCCCCAUCGUUCCAGGGGUUCUUCCUGAGGGUGGGGAGGGGAGAAGGAAAGCCCCAUGGGGCAAGCAUGGCUUCCAUUGAUGGGACUUAUUAGUUGAAUCCCACCCAGUGUGUUUGCACCAUGUUGGCCUCCCCACCACCUUUCCUCUCUGCAUCUCCUGGUAAGCAACAGCAACCAAUCAGGUCUGGGAACAGUGUUAGAAACUCAGAUAUAAAAGCAAAUCGCCAAAUGAUGCCUUAAACCUAGGUUACGGUGGCCACAACGGAAUGUCUGGGCACCAUUUCCCCCCAGAGGAAUUUUGAAAAAUUAUUAUUAUUAUUAUUCAUUUCAUUUCUAUACUGCUUUAUAUCUUAAAGGGGGAAAAAUCUUGAAGUGGUUUACAGCACAUUAAAACAUCAGAUAAAACAAUCCAGAGUAAAACGAAUGCAAGCUUCAAGGAAAAUAUUUCCGUUCUUUCUCUAAGUGACAUUUUGCUUUCCUCCUAUUUAUUUAUCCACUUAAUAUCUGUAGCUGCCCCACAGCAGAAGUACUCUUAAGAAGCCAGUGUGAUGUAGCAGUUUGUUGUUGUUGUUUAGUCGUUUAGUCUGUUUCUGACUCUUCGUGACCCCAUGGACCAGAGCACGCCAGGCACUCCUGUCUUCCACUGCCUCCCGCAGUUUGGUCAAACUCAUGCUGGUAGCUUCGAGAACACUGUCUAACCAUGUCGUCCUCUGUCGUCCCCUUCUCCUUGUGCCCUCCAUCUUUCCCAGCAUCAGGGUCUUUUCCAGGGAGUCUUCUCUUCUCAUGAGGUGGCCAAAGUAUUGGAACCUCAGCUUCACGAUCUGUCUUUCCAGUGAGCACUCAGGGCUGAUUUCCUUAAGAAUGGAUAGGUUUGAUCUUCUUGCAGUCCGUAGUGGUUAGAGUGUCCAACUAGGUAGACCUGGGAGAUCAAGGUUCAAAUUCCCACUCAGAUGAGAAGCUCACUUGGUGACCUUGGGCCAGUCACAGCCUCUUAACCUACCUCACAGGGUUGCUGUAGGGAUUAACUGGGGUGGGAGAUGAACCAUGCACUCCUUGGAGGAAAAGGUGGGAUAUAAAUGCAAUAAAUAAGCUCUUCUGAUUACCUGCUUAAGAAAGCUGGAGGGGCUGGCCAGAUGGAGAUGUCAGUUACCAAGCUGGCACCCAGAGAUCUUCACGGGAUUUUGAACACUGGUUGAACCAUGGCAACUUUCCCACCAACUCUCCUCUCCCCAUUUCCUGGUAAGCAACUGCAGCUUACCUGCUGGGAACCAAGCGUAGUGGCUCCACCUCACCUGGUGACCCGCUUCUGGCUUUAUCCGCCAUUUUACUUUUCUCAUAGAGCCCCAAAACAGAGAGUUAGGGCUGUGCUUGGUUACAGAAGAGCUCUUCUGCAUCAAACCAAAUCAAAUGCAGCAUUCUUGCUUCUCACAGAUGUAUAAACAGAUGCCUUUGGAAAGCCAAUGAGUAAGGCAUGGGUAGGCAAACUAAGGCCUGGGGGCCAGAUCCGGCCCAAUCGCCUUCUAAAUAACGGCCCAUGGAUGGUCCAAGAAUCAGCAUGUUUUUACAUGAGUAGAAUGUGUGCUUUUACAGUGGUGCCUCGCAAGACGAAAUUAAUCCGUUCCACGAGAGUCUUCGUCUAGCGGUUUUUUCGUCUUGCGAAGCAAGCCCAUUGACGGAUUAGCGCUAUUAGCGCUAUUAGCGGUUUAGCGGCUAUUAAAGGCUUAAAGGCUUAGGGGAUUAGCUGCUAAAAGGCUAUUAAAGGCUAUUAAAGGCUUAGCAGAUUAGAUAAAGGGGGAAAAGCGAAAAAAACCUCAAGACUCGCAAGGUAUUUUCGUCUUGCGAAGCAAGCCCAUAGGGGAAUUCGUCCUGCGAAGCAACUUCAAAACGGAAAACCCUUUCGUCUAGCGGUUUUUCCGUCUUGCGAGGCAUUCGUCUUGCGGGGCACCACUGUAUUUAAAAUGCAUCUCUGGGUUAUUUGUGGGGCAUAGGAAUUUGUUGAUUCUCUUCCCCCCCCCAAUAUAGUCUGGCCCCCCACAAGGUCUGAGGGACAGUAGAUCCGCCCCCUGCUGAAAAAGUUUGCUGACUCCUGGAGUUAGGCAUGAAGCCAGCAGCCCUCACCUAUUGUUUCCUAGGAAAUGGGAGCCAGGUGACGUACUGCUGUGAUCAUGGAGUUUCCUUAAAUGGCUAAUAGUUAAUUUUUUUCUAAACCUCGAUUAAUUGGUCUUAUCUCCUUUCCAAGCAAUCUCAGCCAGUGGUCACCACCGCCUGAAUAAACGAUGCUUUCUUUUGUCUAUUAUGGCUGUUUCCUGCAUGGAAGCUGUGCCUCUCAGGAAAUGGGACGGCUGGAUCUAUGAGCUGUUGCAGAAGAGGAGACAAGCAGGGACUGGACAUAAGACUGUACCUUUUCCUCAACACGUGUCUCACUCAAUACAUUCCUCCUGCCCUUAAUUCAGAAGUCAGGCCUACUGAGUUCAAUGGGACUUGCUCCUGUGUAAGUGUGCAUGGGGUCAUCACAUGCAUCUUCUAUGAACAAAAAUGCUUCGCAGCUGCAGCAGCUGAUUUGCAGGGUAUCUGCAAUGCAUAAUUUCCUGUUGUCCGUUUUGUUUUGUUUCGCUAGUGCUGGAAAUAGCGCUGGAGCUUCCUUAACCAGACAGAGCCGGGUUGACCCAGAGAACCAGCAGGAGUCUGUUUAAGGAGGGGUCAGACAGCUUCCAAUGAUCAAGGCUCCUAGUGCUUCUCAUUCAACACAGUGAUAAAAAUACCCCAUUUCCCCUCACUGUGGCUUGAUUCUAUCUAUCCAGCAGAAAAGGGUAGAGCCUGGAUUUAGAUUUGCUAUUGAAAAGCUUUUCCGAACCCAGUGACUAGGGAGAUUUGGUGAUUUGCAGCCUGAUUCUAUCUAUCUGUCUGCCCAUCUAUCUAUUCUCAAAAAGUAAACCCCGUUAAGUUUAAUGGGAGCAACUCAUUUCUUCUUGCUACGAAAAUAAGCCACAAGGAUGCCCAGGGCUCCUGUUCCUGUAAUAAUUACCGUAUUUUUCGCUCUAUAGGAUGCACCUUUUCUCCUCCAAAAAUGAAAGGGGAAAGUGUGUGCGUCCUAUGGAGCAAACGCAGGCUUUCGCUGAAGCCUGGAGAGCUCUCCAGGCUUCAGGGAUAGCCGCCUGAAACCUUUGGAGCACAGCGGGAACUCGGGUUGUGCUCCAAAGGCUUCAGGUUGCUUUUGCUGAAGCCGGGAGAGCUGCGUCUUGAAGCGCGACUGGUGGGGUCUGCGCAGCUUGCCCCGAGGCAGCUUGGCUGGCCGGGUGGGUUGAGGGAACUCCUUGGCUAUGCAGAUGAAGUGCGGCAUCACCGCCUGGUGGCUCGAGCAGAUGCCCAUCAGCUCCGCGGGCUUGGCGGCGGCGGCAGCCAUCAAGCGGGGGAAAGAGAAAAGCAGCAAAAAAGGGAAAGCCGAGAAAGAGCGCGUGCGCCAGAAAACCAGCGCCCCAAAGAGCGCCUCACGCUUGGGUCUCACUUUGUGCUGCUGCUUAUUCUUUGCUGCCUUGAGGCGUUUCUCUCUAAUGUAAGGGAGACCCGGGCGAAAAAGGGGAAAUGUGUGUGCGGAAAACCGCCGGAGGUGGGGCGAGAGGGUGACUUCUGCCGCUUCGCAGCUGAAAAAGCGCGCUGGGGAGGGAGGGCUGGUGGCGGCGACUGGCAGAAAGAAGCGCGCGCUCGACUUGUGUCCCCGCGCCACACUCUCUCUCUCGCCUGCCGACACAGGAGCAUGCUCAGAUGACAAGCAAUGCCAUUUAAAGGCGGUGAGGCCGCUUCCCUUCUGCCCGACGAUGAUGUAGACGCGUGCUCCCACCGCCCCUCUCCCUCACCGCCAUGGGGGUAUUGCUCUUCCAAGGAAAGCCCUGCCAGCACCCAUCUCAGAAACGGCCGGGGGAGAGAGCGAAGGGACCCGGAAGGCGAGGCGGAGGUGGGGGGGGGGGGAGACGAGGAAUGCGCCAAAACAUGUCGGCCCUGCCUGCUGGGCGAGGGGGGUUCCUGGAGAAGAAGCACUCCCUUUUUUUGCAGGGGGAGGCGGCAAAGGCAGCCGGGAAAGGAGACGCGAAAUAGGCGCGAUGGGAUCUCCCAACUUUCUUUCUUUCUUUUAAACUUUGAAGCAGCCACAGGGGAAGCAUAGAAUCAUAGAAGUCCGAUUCCGAUCAUAGAAUUGUAGAGUUAAAAGGGGUCCCAAGGGUCGUCUAGUCCAACCCACUGCAGUGCUAGGGGAUUUUAUUAGCAGCGUUUACGGGGGGCGGGGUUUAAGUGCGCAAGUGUGGGUUUAAAUCACGCUCCCCACAUGGUCUCUUUCCUUCCUCUUUGCAGCCCCAAAUCCUGGCUGCUGUUACCCCACCUGCACUGGGGAUGGUUUUCACACACAAACACGACUUAAGACAGCAAAAAUAUCAGUGCAGACAUACAUCGCGUCGCUUGCAAAGCAGCGCUUGGUUUUGUCAACCCGAUUUGGAAGGAAGAUGUCUUUGGGAUGGUUGGUCUGGGGCUCCGUCGCUUCAGCCCCCCUAACUCUAGCCUUGUGCUGCAAAAUGGAUCCCCACAUCAAUUUUUUUGAUUUCCCCCCCUAAAAACUAGGUGCGCCCUAUGGUCCGGUGCGCCCUAUGGUGCGAAAAAUACGGUAGGUAGAAGAAAGGAUUUCAGAUAUUCUGCACCACUAUUAAAGGUGCAGAAGGAUUGUUUUCUUUGCAUCUGGCCAUACUAUUUCAGAUCCGGGUUGCUUUUCAAAUAAAAAAUUUGAACUGAGCUUGGAUAUUACAGGGGCCUGUGAUUAGUUUAAAAAGUAAAAGUUUUCAGGGAGGGCCCACACGGCAAAAGAGGAGGAAGUUGUUGCUGCUCAUCCUCAUGUUGUGGGAAGCUAAAGCUUUCCCCAUUUUAAAAAAGCAAGACUUAGAAUAAUAAAAUCACAGAAGUGUAGAGUGGAAGGGACGACAAGGGCCAUUUGCUUCUCCCAAGUAAAUUUGCUUUGGCUUCCAGCUAAGAGUACCUGAUCUGCACUUCCCUGUCUUAUGCAACUUGACCCUAAGAAUGCUUAUUCAGAAGUAACUCCCAUGGUUUCCUAGGAAAUGUGAACGAGGUUGCUACUGAGGCAAGUUGAUCGUAUGCAUGUUUAGUCAUCAGAGCACAGGAAGCUGCCUUCUGCUGAGUCAGAUCAUUGGUCCAUCUUGUGUAGUAUCGACUGGCAGUGGUUCUUCUGGAUUUCAAGAGAGGGUCUCUUCUAGUCCUACCUAGAGACACCUGGGAUUGAACCUGGCACCUUCUGCAUGCAAAGCAGAUGCUCAGCCACUGAAUCGCAGCCCUUUCCCCAACAGUCCAGUGCAGGUAUCACUGUAGUCAGUGGUGCUCCCCCUCCAACAAGCAUGUAUAGCCUUGUCCCCAUCAUGUGAAAGCAGGUUUGCAGAGCUUGAGUUCCGUCAUCCUCACACUGUGAGGCGAGUUACUGUUAUUGUCACAUUGCAAGUGAGCAGCAGCGAGAUGCUGUGAUCUGCACAUAAAAUCGUGGGAGAAAUAUUGGGCUGUGAACACUGGCUUUGCAGACCAUAUCCCCAUUUUUCUAAUGCAGGAAAGAAUGAAUGGUAGAAUUCAGCAUUGAACGUCAUAUGGGGACAUAGAAAACAGUGUUUAUACAUAAGAGCCACAAUCUUGACGUUUUUUGACACAGUUUAUGUCUAUAAUGGUAAAUGGUGCUCUGUGGUCCCAAGAAGGGAAAAGGAAAGGAUGACAGGUAUUCUGGGCCUGGGAGGAAAGACGAAUGUACUGUUCUCACCUUCCUGUUGGUCCCUUAGUUAUUCUUAGCUUUUUGUUGACUUUCUGUGCAACUGAGGGCCCUGAGAACACAGGAUUUGCUCUAAAGGCACUGGCCAUUGUUUCUCUAGCUGACAUCCUGCCUCUCGCUAUAGCCAAUAUUUGGUGUGUCAAAAUAAAAAGGGGGAUGGGGAGGAGAGAGGAAAUGUACACAAACUGCAUGGAUCCCUGCAUUGCAACAUCUUUCCUCUCUGCCACAGCAUGACUCACCCCAUUUCUUUUCCAAUCAGAAUGUCUAUAGUUCUCAAAGCAUGAGCCCAGCUUCCUUAAGGUGUAUGUCAGCAGUUGCUAGAGAUGCUGCCCACUCCUUCCUCACCCAUUUCAGCUUUGUAAAAAAAAGUUUAUAAGUUAAAAGCUUAUAAACAUUGGGGAGGGGCGAGGGUGCAUUCUAGGGUCUCCCCAUCUGUCUAAUAUAUGGGCUCUCGUUCUCCUUGCCUUUCAUCUUAUGAUUAAUAGUGCUCCUGUUUUUAGAAUGGUUUUAUUUGGAGACUUUAAAGUGCCUUUAUCACCUGGCAGUGGAACUAUGUUCUUGUGUGGUUUUCUCAGAGAAGACCAAAUCCUGUGGGUGCUCUUCAACUAAAUAGUUGUGCUGUGCUGGCACAGGGAUUAGUGCUAAUGCGGUGGGAUUUCCUCCCCUGCCCAUCUCCUCUCCCUUGCUUGUGCCCCCUCACCUUUCCCAAAUCUGUUCUGGAGAGUUUGGGGAAAAACCUAGAAGAGAUUUGGGGAGUGCUCAGGGGGUGGAGAGAACGUCCUUCCUCCAUGCAAGGAGAAAUCCCUGUACCACCAGCACAUCUCCAUAGCACUACUCUGAAUAAAACCCUAUAGCUUAGGGAGCAUUAUGACAUGCUUCUAUCCCUGUAUAAUGAAUUAGAGCCAAACUCAAAGCAAAUGUGGCAAACAUGCUUCUUUUCACGUGUCUACCCUGUUUAUAUAGAUAGUCUUUAUACAGAGAGAGUCUUACUUUAGUAGCAAUAUAUAGAGUAUUGCUUUGGUAGUAAAAUGGACAUCUGGAGGAAAUGGUGCUGAUUCCUUCCUUAUUCUCUUUACUACAGUUUAGCGGCACAGAAUCUGCUUAGCAUUCAGGAGGCCCCAGGUUCAGCUCUCAGGAAUCUCCAGGCAGGGCUGAAACCCCGAGGAGCCACUGCCAGUCAGUGAAGACAAUUCUGAAGUAGGUGGAUCAAUGUUCUGACUUGGUCUAAGGCAGAUCUCUAGGUUCCUCCCUACAGCCCAUUGCUCCAACCCCUUCAUUCCAUUCUGCUUCUCCAAGAACAAAUAAACAGUGGUGCAAGCAGCUUUAAGGAGAUAAGGUACUGGAGGGGAGGGGGUUUAAUCUUCAUCUGCCGUGCACUCAUUUUACUGUUGGAUGUAAGAACCACUACUAUCCUGGAUCUCCAGAUUUAUAUUUCAUUCGAAAAGGUGAGUGAAUGAUGGUUCCUCUGAGGAGCACCAUCUCUUUCAAAACAACCAUAGAAAUGUCAUAAGGGAGCACUGAAAAUAUAUAUUCAACUGCUAAUAUCAGGGAUGUGGGCAGAGAAAUCUGUCCAACAGCAUGAGUUGUAUGCCCCUUAAUAGCAGGGGAACCUUUACUGCUGCCCCACCUCUGCCCCAGAUGCAAAGAAGACAUGCUGGCUUUUUCCCCCUGCAUGGCAAACAUCACCUGAAAACCUUGGCGUGUUUCAUAAGAUAAUAAAAAUAAAAAUAAAAAUAAAAAUAAAAAUAAAUAAUUUAUUAUUUAUACCUCACCCAUCUGGUGGGGUUUCCCCAGCCACUCUGGGCGGCUUCCAACAAAAGAUUAAAAAUACAUUAAAACAUCAGUCAUUAAAAAAACUUCCCUAAACAGGGCUGCCUUCAGAUGUCUUCUAAAUGUCAGAUAGUUGUUUAUUUCUUUGACAUCUGAUGGGAGGGAGUUCCGCAGGGUGGGCGCCACUACUGAGAAGGCCCUCUGCCUGGUUCCCUGUAACUUUACUUCUCACAGUGAGGGAACCACCAGAAGGCCCUCGGCGCUGGACCUCAGCAUCUGGGCUGAACGAUGGGGGUGGAGAUGCUCCUUCAGGUAUAUUGGUUGAAGCCGUUUAGGGCUUUAAAGGUCAGCACCAACACUUUGAAUUGUGCUCGAAAAUGUACUGGGAGCCAAUGUAAGACUUUCAAGACCAGUGCUAUGACUUCUUUUCUCAGUAGUUAUAUGAUUUAUAUCAUCUCUGAGCCUCAUGCACCUGCAGUUUUGUAGCACUUUUCACAUAGUGCAAUAAAAUCCUGGCAAUUUAUGUGCAAUGUCUUGAGUUCGGUGUGUGGCUCUCUUGUGCAUGUUGAUGCUGAUCACCAGCCACAAAGUUUCCAGAAUGAACCCUGUAUGCUUUUUUUUUGGGGGGGGGGGUGUUACUGAAGGGUAAAACACUGUGAAGUCAAGUAUUAAAGGAAAGAUCUGGAGGACAUUUUGUUACCUCUUUAUGCGGGAUACUGACGUACUCUGCUUACAUUUUAUUCUACUGGUUCCACAUUCCUGGUGGGGAAAAGAAUCCCCUUCAUUUUGCUUCAUAGUUGAUGUAAGAUUCUGUGGUGCCAGAGCUGCCGCUCCCCACACUGCUCCACUUCCUCCCUUCCCUGUUGCUGUUGUCACACUUGUUGCGAGGGGGGCUACACAAGAGGCAUACGGGCCAGAGCCCAUUACUCCCUUUUGAGCAGUGCUUGGGGGAUCCAUCAAUCUUCUGCCCCGACGUGCUCCUGCGACUCAUGUCCAAAGACGUGAGCACGCAUUGACUUAGCAGAGUCAAAACAACAGCAGAAGCUAGGCUCGAGGUGUGAGUACUAAGCUAUUUAUUACUGUGGUACCUCAGGUUACAGAUGCUUCAGGUUACAGGCGCUUCAGGUUACAGACUCUGCUAACCCACAAACAUAGCUGUCAACUUUUCCCUUUUUUAAAGCGAAAUUUCCCUUAAAUUAAGGGAAUUUCCCUUAAAAAAGGAAAACGUUGACAGCUAUGCCCAGAAAUAGUACCUUGGGUUAAGAACUUUGCUUUAGGAUGAGAACAGAAAUCGCGCAGCGGCAGUGGGAGGCCCCAUUAGCUAAAGUGAUACCUCAGGUUAAGAACGGACCUCCAGAAUGAAUUAAGUUCUUAACCCGAGGUACCACCGUAUAUACAUAACAGGACAAAGAAAACAUAUCUCCUUUCUCUCUUCUUUCUUGGAGAGAAGGGAAUUCAAAAGCACAACAGAACGGAACAGUGUAAAACAACUUCCGCUCCCAUGACUCGUGUUGGAAUGUAAACACACAGACAUGUGAUGAAACAAUCCCACAUAUCUGCAUAGCGGGAAAUGAAAUCCCAACAAACCUUCUCUCCCCUCCCCCCAAUUUAUUUUUCGAAAUGCAGCAGCACUGGCUCUGCCUUUCCUCUGCCUUGCUCCAAGAACAGCCCAGGGAGCCCUUCCUCAGAGCGAGGCAUUCUGGGAAACUGCCUGUGCCACUGCCAUGGUUUGCCGCAGUGGUUAGAAAUGCUGUCUAAGCUUGCGAGGGGGGGACGGGGACCUUAAUGGCAGCGUAUCCAUCAUGACUAGUAGCUAUUAUUCUCAAUUUUACUGCAUUAAGCUUGUUUCCAGUACACAGAUUUAUUUAUUUAUUUAUUUAUUUCAUUCUCUUUAAAUAGGCGUAGGAGGAAAUGGUGGAAGCUUAGAUUGACAACAGAAUGCCGUUUCUUAUAUUGUUGCAUGUCACUCCAAUCUCCAAGUGGUGUGAGAUUCCAGGAGUUACCCAAAGUUCAGUUUCUUCAGAAUGAGGGACAGCAGAGACUGUGGUGUCUUUAUGGUUUAUGGUUUAUUUACAUAUAUAUACAACCUGAACCAAAGAUGGAGGGGCUCACAGCAGUAACACCCCAGAAGGUCUUGCUUCUAUAAUAGUCUCAGAGCUCUCCUCAGGCUUCUGCUGUCCGCUCGCUUGUAGCCUGGCUCUAACACACUCCACUCUGGCUAUUGUCUUUCUCACUACCAGCCAGGUGAGGGAAGAAACCCACCCAUUUGCCCUCUGACUGACACUAAAGCCACUUCUUUUGUAAGACUAAGGACCAUGGUUUGGUGGUACUUAGGCCCCUUCCAUGGCUAAUUCAACAAUGGAAUCCUCCAGGGGAUUAGAAGGGACUCAGGCACCUUACAAACUAACCCUGCACCAGCUCACAAUACUAUGGAAGCCUGCCGGUCUACAGCAGCAAAUGAAGAAUUGGGUUCAUUUUUAGAAAUAUUGGGUUGUUCCCCACAAAGUCAUCCUCUUAGUGCAAGGACUUCUGCCUGUGCAAUGGGACUUGCUCUGCGUCUCCUUGUCUGCUGAGCCCUCUGAAAUCUGUUCUGUGUAUCCCUCCAAUCAUCUGGAGAAGAUUUCGUGGGAGUGUGAGGUGUGUGAGGUGCGCAGAGUGAGAGAAGGGAGUCCUGUUGUGCAGGUGGACACCUUUGCACUAAUGGGACAACUUUGCUGAGUACAACCCACUAUUUUUUUUAAAAAAGAGACUGCUCAGGCAGGUUUGUAUCUCUAACACUAUUCAGCAUACAGAGUCAUCUCCUGAAUAGUGAGUCACAGAGAAGGUACUUUCAGCAUGUGACAGGGCCUAAGUUUGAAUUAUGAGCUAAAAGGAAGAGAAUUUCAGUGCAAAUACCUCCGUGGCUGCACUCAGGAGGCUGAGCUACUGGGAUUGCUUCCUAAGAAGCAAUUGUCUACCAGCAGCAGAAUCCUGUUUCUUAGCUUAAUCAAGCCACAGGGGUCCAUUAAAAUGUAUGCCAACAUGUACAUUACUUUAGUACUUACAGCCCGGGAGUCUUAAAAGUGCAGGCAACGCUUCUGCGUCUUAGGACUCUGCCUCUUGCAAAUCUCUUUAUGCCUCUCGUAUUCGAUGAAACCUUUUGUUAUGGACAAAAAGGUGUGCACAACAGUAGUGAAAAAUGCAGGGACAGCCACUCUGUUGGAACAUAAUCCAGCAGUGAAAGUACCAGAUGCAGUCGAGGGAAACAGAAAGUUCCCUGCGGCAAGCAGUUGCUGGAAUUACCCCUCUAUGUUAAAGCUCUUAUAUAUGGAUCUAAAUAUCCUACAAGUUUAGAAUAGUGCGAGCAGCAGAAGGCAGUGGAUUGGAGUGGCAGCACUCCACUGACCUACAGUCCCCUCUGUUGCUGAUGCAUACUGGGCUGGAAGAGGAGGGAGGCAGCGAGGUUGUCAUGGUGCAAACACACCAGCAGGAGCACCGGAUUAGCUCCACCAGUGCAUUUGCAUUGCACGGACCUCACUGCAGCAGUGACACCAGUGACCGGAGGUUGAAUGAGCACUGCCCCUACCCCACCGCUGCCCACUCCAUGGUGUCCCCUCUGUGCAGGCAGGUUUCUAAAUUGCAAUGGGAGGAGACUCCAUGAGCACGAUAGGCUUCCCAGUGCAAAUGUUCUCCCUCCCAUGUAUGGAGCGUGGCAGGGCCAGGCAAGGUUAUGCAAUGGGGGGAGGGGGGGAGGAUUAGCCAAUGUACCCCUGGUCUCCAUCAAGUGAUUCAGAUCAAGUGGUGGAAUGAAAUGCCCAUAUAAUAUUUCAGAGAGCCAGCGUGGUGUAGUGGUUAAGAGCAGUGGACUCAUAAUCUGGGGAACCGGGUUCGCGUCCCCGCUCCUCCACAUGCAGCUGCUGGGUGACCUUGGGCUAGUCACACUUCUCUGAAGUCUCUCAGCCUCAAUCACCUCACAGAGUGUUUGUUGUGGGGGAGGAGGAGAAAGGAGAUAGCUAGCUACUUUGAGACUCCUGAAGGGAGUGAAAGGUGGGAUAUCAAGUUCAAACUCUUCUUUCUUCCAUGCAGCCUUUGUCACAGUCCAUGUAAAAUCACAGAUGACCAUCACUACCCUUGAAAUCUAAUAGUGAUUGUAGUCUUCUUAUUGGAUGGCAGUGCUAGACGGUGUUCCUUGUCACCACUACAACUGGAGGGUUUUUUUCUCUGACCUUUGGUAAUCUUGGCCCACUCUGUGGAAGCCUUCUGCAUGUUUGAAAAUUAUUGUUAUGCCCCUUUUAUCACUGCUAAAAAUGCCUUCAUUAUUUCCUUCCUGCACUUUGCAUUCCAGCCACUAUCCUAUUGCUGUUGUUGUUUUGCCCUGUUUGGAGCCUGUUUAUCUUAAAAUGCAGCAACCAUGGCAUUCCUUUCUAGCUGGGGACGCAGUGCUCCAAGUACUUUGUCUUCAUCAUGCAUACAAGGGGUCUUUUGGCUCAGCUGUGAACACUGCUAUUUCAGCCCAAUACAUUCUAAUCUGGUUGCAAUUUCACACUUUCUUCCAACAUUCUUUUGAAGAUCCAAUCUUUUCCCCUCCCAGUAGUGAGGAAUUUCUCAAAGGUCCUCAAAUCAGAUACUGUUAGCCUUUCUGCCCUUAAGCAAAUGCUAGAACCGUUUCUGCCUUUGCCCACUGCCAUGCAAAAUUAAGUCUGCAGAAAAGCAGUAGAAAAUCUAAGGUAUGCUAUGUGGUUCUAGCCUUCUGCUUCAGCAAAACCAAAAGCAAAAACCCCUCCAUGUUUCUCACUUCUAGGGCACUAUGGAUAUAUUUGUGUCACUGUUUUAUACAGUGGUCAGUGACCACAGAUGUUUCUUGUCCUGUACAGGGAAAAUGUGGCUGGUGAAGAUUAUGUAGCCUUGUACUGUGGCUACAUCAACAAUACUUUGGAGCAGUUAGUCAACUUUUUCCAUUUUAGACCAGUCAGUGUAUUCAAGAAAGCUUUGGGAUGGCUCCUGCAGUGCAUUGAACCUGGUCCAUAAAAGCUUAUGCCGUAAUAAAUGCAUUAGUCUUUAAGAAUGUUUUUGUUUUUACAUUGCAUUAAGAAUACUCCAGUUGGAAGGGACUUUGAAGAUGCAACUAUUGAUGACUGAUAAGAGAGCUGUCCAGCCUCCAGUCAAGCAGAACCCACCUUAUCCCAUGGCAAACUGCUCCUCUGUUAACCAACGCUUACCUUUAGGAAGCUUAGCUGAAAUCUGUUUCCCUGCCAUUUCUAGUCAUUGUUUCUAGUCCUGCCCCCUGAAGCGAUGGAGACCCAUUGAGGUUAAUGGACAUGACUAACUCGGGUUCAUUAAUUGCAGUGCUGAGCAGAGUCCUGCGCUGUGUCGUCAACCAGCUCAUGAAUGCCUCAGCACACAUCAUUAGAAGCUAAACACCAGUACAAGCAACUUCUGCCAUGAUGGUGGGCAUGAAGAUCAUGGUCCCUGCGUGUUACCUUUUCAUUAACUCCCAGGCACUUUUCUACCUUGAAAUUAUUUGUUACGCUAGCUGCUUUUUCUUAAAUCAUGUUUACCGCCUGUCCCACAACACAACAACAACAACAACAACAACAACACAGUCCUUGGGAACAGCUGCAGACUUAAGAUCAAAUGCAGCUGCCAAAAAUAAGGAAAAAAAGGGCAUCCUCUUAACACAUGUAAUGUGUUGGGGACAAUCAUUUCCUGCUGCAAAUUGAAAACAGCUGAGUUUUCAAUCCUGGAGGAAAGGUGUUUUCAGGUGUGACAGCCAAGGCCUUUAGCUGCACUGGUCCCGGAGAGAGUUGCUUUAAUCACCUUGACAGGGUAGUUUUCCUUGCCGCCAGUUCCAGAUUAUACUACUCUCAUAAACACUCAUUUAGCUCCUUGGCACAUAGGACCUGAUCAUAGGCAGUGUCUAUUAUCACAGCUUCCUGGCUACAAAUUCAGUGAAAUACAAAGUGUAGAAGCUGCUUUUUAUGACUGCAAACUGUCGAGGAUAGCAAGGAGGAAAUUCCCUCUGAUGUUUAAGCUGCAUGCAAGAACUUGUGCUGUAAUGCACAGUAGUAAAAUUAUUUUAAGAAGUGAGUGUGCGUGUGCAUAGGAGGAAAUCCCUUACUAAACACAAAUCUUCUGUUCCUAUUACAAGACUCCUGCUUUUGGGAUGAAUAAAACUGCCUGGAAGGAUGGCUCUGGCAAGGCUGCUUUGCACUCAUAAAAAUAUAGUCCAUCCUAUGAUACAAGCUUUCUGCCAGAGGUCAUCACCUUGGGCUGAAACCAGCAUUUCAAAAUUAGAUCACUUAAUGUAAGCUACAAACAUCCUUGGGUGGUAGUAAUAUUACUUACUCCUACUUCAACGACAUUCCAGGCCAAAAAUGUGUCCCCACAGCUGUAGGAUUUCCUUAUUUAAUAUUUGUUAACUGUUUACAAAUGUUAUGCUGGACAGAUAUAGCUACCAAAAGCUAAACUCAUGGUGCAAGCUUCCUGCCUAAUGUCAGUGUCAGGGGUUUCCAAGAAAGUGUGAUGAAGGUUGCACCUUUAUAUUCCCAGAUUGCUCCAGGGCACUGUAGUUCUGUGAAGUGUUGGGAGAAUACCCAACACGCUAGCAAAAGUAGAACUCCCAUGUUUCCUUGGAGGAUUCUGUUAAUGUAAAAUAGACUGAGAACAAAUCUUGCGUUGUGGGAUGUUCCCCUUGUUCAGGGUGCCAGCCCUUUCUUGCCCUUUCUCAGGUGUCAUGGACUGGUCGGACGCAGAAGGAUGGCAGGAAGAACCAGCUGGGGAACCACCAAGAGAAGACGACUUAGAGCCAGGGGAGUGGUGAUUUGACGACAGUGAGUGGUCAGAGGGAGAAGAUUGGGAGGAGGUGUCGGAAGCUGAAGAGGUAAAAGGGCUUAGUGAGUGUGUGUAUCUGUGGCAGAGAGCAGUCCAGAGUUGUAGGUAGAAGCUGAAACAGGAGAGGAAGGAGGCUAAGAGACAGAGAUGAGUCUAGCUGGUGAAGAGGCAUGGGUGUCUCCUCCUGCUGCUGCAACAUGCUCCCCUCCCUGUUGGUCUCCCAGAACCAGGAGAGGCAUGAAGAAAGCAGAGAAUAACCCCACCACCCAGAGUUACUCAGCUUUCUGUGGCCACUGAGCAUGCUCAGACCACAUCAUACUGUUUCUGUGUGAAGAAUUUCCCUUGCUAAGGAUUCUGCCCCCCGCCCCACUUUCAUUUUUGUACUUCUGCAACGUUUGCAGAUGUAAUGAUCAUUCAGAAGCCUACGUUGGAACAGCAUCAUAGCCCCACCCCCUGGUAAUCUGAUGGACGUGGGUGGCACUGUAGUCUAAACCACUGAGCCUCUUGGGCUUGCUGAUCAGAAGGUCGGCGGUUCGAAUCCCCAUGACUGGGUGAGCUCCCGUUGCUCAGUCCCAGCUCCUGCCAACAUAGCACGCCAGUGCAAGUAGAUAAAAAGGUACCACUGCAGUGGGAAGGUUAACGGUGUUUCCGUGCUCUCUGGUUUUCGUCACAGUGUUUCAUUGCGCCAGAAACAGUUUAGUCUGUGGACAAAUACCGGCUCCCUCGGCCUGAAAGCCUGAAAGCGAGAUGAACGCCGCAGCCCUGUAGUCGCCUUUGACUGGACUUAAGCAUCCAGGGGUCCUUUACCUUUUACCUUUAAUCAGAUGAAGCAACCUUUGUGCAAUUAAGCAAAGAGUCAGAUGAUGGAUGCAUUGGCUUCUUUAAUUCACAGCCACGCAGUGGCCCAACAGUUUUCUUUAACUAUACCAGAUCGUGGUGAAAUGGAUGAACAAUUCUUCUUUUUAAGGUUUUUCCCCCCCUACUCCUCUGUUCGUAUCAAUGUAUGUCUUGCUACACCUGUUAGUCUUCCCUAUUGUAUUGGCUGGGGUAGUAUCAGGAUCUCAUAACCAAGCUAUUUACACAGUUCAUUAGAUUCACUUACCUCUGGUGAUGAAUCUGCCCUCCUCCGUUUUCUCUCUUAUAAGCCGAUUAUUAGAUCUCUACUACAUGCUCCUCUUUGACCUUUUGCGCCCUCCCGCUCUCGUCCUAGCAGCGUUAUUUAUUUUCAGUUCAGUUUCUUUAGGUUUCCGUAUCAGUCUUUCUUCCUCUCUGUUCUGGAUGAAAGUAAUUUUGUCGCUGGGAUCACACAAGCCUCCUUUGGGGUCUUGCCUUCACACCCUUAAGAAACGUUUCCAUAAAAAGUGAUGAUGGCCUGCCGUUUUUGUUUUUAAAUUAUAAUAAUGCCCACUUCCCUCCAAAUCACAGUGUUUAAAUUACUACCAUUCUCAAACCAGCGACCCGAAAGAAAGUAGUAAAACACACACAUGCCCACAGCCAACACAUCUCACCACUAGAUAUGGUUUGAUUUUUAUGCCUCAGGAGUCAUUAAUUUUUCAGUCAUUCUGCUUGUACAACAGAGGGGCCUGGAAUUGCCUUGCAUGGCCCACUGUCUCUAGAAUUUCAAUUGUGAGUUUCUCAGGAACCUCCAAGGUGAGGAUGGAUGUUAACAUCCAGCAGGGGGGAAAAACCUGGAUGUUCUUGUCGUGUUUCCAUUGCAGCAUCAUUGUGGUGAGCCAUGUGGCCAACAUACACAGGCAAAUGUAUGCUGUUAAAAAUAAAGACAUAAAUACAAAUUGUGCACCUGGACAGCCCAGUUAUGUGUCAAGAAAUGUUGGCUUCCCCUCUCUUUAGAAACAAUGCAAUGAUUUGCCUCUUUUUCCUAAUUGGCAGAAUAUGCUCUGGUAUUGCUAGUCAAGGGAAAGGUAAAGAAUUUCCUGAUUUUAUCCACAGGAAAUUAAUUCAGCCACUCAGACUUCUAGAAUUUCAGUAGGCUUUGCCCAUCCACUUUAAAGCAUAUAUUCCCAUCCAUGAGGGCUAGAAGCUUGAUUUUUUAGAAAGAAAGAAAGAAAGAAAGAAAGAAAGAAAGAAAGAAAGAAAGAAGCCAAUGUUCUCAGUAACCUGAACUCUAUAUAACAUUUUGCACUUUUUCUGAACUCCUGCAGAAUCGCAGCUUGAACACAGUCCUGGCUAUAGAGCUACAUGACCUGCUGGACUAUUGACUUUUGUGGAGCACACAGACUUCACACGGUCAGUAUUUAGUAAUUAGACCAGUGGAGGUGCUGGCAAGGAAGUGACUUAUAGGAAUUUAGCGACAAAAGGAUGGAUAUGGUAGUGGCCUUUAAAGGCCUUUUCAAUUUAUUAGGGCAGAAUAUAUAAAUAACAGCCGGGAGUGAGACUCUGGAACUGAACUGUAAAAAGGCUGAGGCUUUUUAAAAAAAUGAGCAAAUUAAUUUUCUCUUCGCCAGCUUGUUCUUCUAGGGUAAUAGGGAACUGCGCUUGUCAGGGAUGAUCUGGUUCUGGACACACACACACCCCAUCCCACUCCCAGCCCUUUACAUCAUGCUGAGCUGUGGGUGAAUGGAAAUCUCUUGUCUUGUCUUUGAUUCCCCUUACUUGGACUGUCAGAGCCACCAUCAGCGCCUGACAUGGUGAGGCAAUGCCAGGACUUCCACCCACCAUGGCCACCUCUGCCCACCCCCUUGGAGAGUAUUGGCCCAGUGCCAUAAAGAAAACUAGUGGCAGCCCCUACUCUCUUAUUUCCAGUGUCUCAGAGUCGCACCCCCAAUGUAUCACAUUGGUUUAGGUGUAAGGAAGGUUGAGACACCAAUGGCUGUAGUAAAAUGGCUGGCAUGUUUAUUAUUAUUAUUAGCCUGACCAGUGUUGGGCGAAGAGAGUACAGUGGUACCUUGGUUCUCAAACACCUUGGUACUCAAACACCUUGGAACCCAAACACUGCAAUCCCAGAAGUAAGUAUUCCGGUUUGCAAACGUGCUCUGUUUUGAGUGUUACACUGAGGUCUGUCUCUUUUUGCUAUUUAUUUUGUGGUUUUGUUUUUGCGGCUUUUUUGUUUUGUUUUUGUGACUGUGUGGAACCCAGUUCAGCUACUGAUUGACUGAUUGAUUGAUUGAUUGUGUGAUUGCAGUACAUGGUUUAUUGCUUUUUAUGGAUCAGUGGUCUGGUUAAAUAGUAAAAUUCAUGUUAGCUUGCUGUUUUAGGGGUUGUUUUUAAAAGUCUGGAACGGAUUACGGUAAUCCGUUUUCCAUCACUUUCUAUGGGAAAGUGCACCUUGGUUUUGGAACGCUUUGGUUUUGGAACAGACUUCCGGAAUGGAUUAAGUUUGAGAACCAAGGUACCAUUGUACAGUCAAUUGGAGGUGAGCUGCAUCCAGACACUGCCUAUCCCCUCCCCCCCGGGUAAGAUUUGGAGAUCCCACCCAAGAGGUGCACAGUGCUUUUUGAGCUUUUUUUAAAGGAAAAAGGGUGCUGGUAUUCACUGUGAUGUUAUCACAGUAAAUGCCACACUUAACAUUUGGGGGGGAGAGAAGUGCCAGUACUGCGUACCCUUGAGUACCCUCAGAAAAAACCCCCAGCAGGUGCAUCAUCAGAGGGUACCUUGCCCAGGAGCUGAGUUAAACCUGGUGCCAGCCCUGAGAACUGUUAUGACAAUGGGCAGGCGAAAAUCUAGGGGUCCCUCUUGAGGCCUGCUUAAAAGCCAGUAAAGGUUGCGCCAAACAUAUAUUCUUUGGGAUGGGGUUGCGCAGAGAAGGCCCUGUUUCUGUCGCCCGCUCAUCUACUCAAUCUUACUAGCCGACUUGGCCUACAUGUAGAGUCUCUGAGGCUAAUCUUAGGGCCUGCACAAGUUCAUAUGGGUGGAAGCCAAACUUCAAAUAACCUGGCUGCCAACCCUGUCAGGAGCCUAGUGAAGCCACAUUAACAGGUACUAUUUAAAUCUCUCUCUUUGCCCACGGGCCUGUUCUCUGCUUAAGCACACGAGGCCCAAAAAGACAUUUCAUAAAGGAACCACCGUACGAGGCUUAAAUGGAAGACAAGAGUGGAGCACACUCAGCGAGAUAUCAUCUUGAACCUCUGUUUGUAGGAUUCACAUCCUUAGGGAGGCCCUUGUGUAAGCCUCCUUUCACCUGAGAGACUCAAUUAUAUUAUCUUUCCAUUUCUGUUCCAGCUGAAGCACUUUUUUUCCUCUUUAACACAAGCAAGCUGAAAUCCUGGUUUCCCCAAGGAGACAUUCUUUCUGAUUAUAUCAUUUUAAUGAUUCAACACACAUAAAAGAGAAGCUAUAGAGAAUCUCCUGUAUUAGCUUGCCCUUUGCCACACACGCAAAAAUACAUCUGCUUUCCCCUUUCAGAAGAGGGGUCCAUUGGCAGCUUUUCUACCUGCGCCAUUUAAAUCCCCCCUAUUCUGUUCCUGAAUCUCUUCACAGCACUGCUUCUUAGCAAGCCCCAAACUCUGGGACAUUGUGAAACUUCACACAAUCUAUAUGCUAACCAUUCCUUGCUUUCUCAGAAAUGACAUGCUUUUGGGUAGUGAUUUAACUUACGGUUCUUUGGAUUUCCAAACAUUUCAAAAAAUGAAAGCCACUCCAUAUAUGCUUCCAAGGACUCAGCUAUACAGCUGCAAAUAAAACGUUUUAAGUGUGUUGUAAAGUGCAAUACAGUGGUAAAGGUAAAGGUACCCCUGCCCGUACGGGCCAGUCUUGACAGACUCUAGGGUUGUGCGCUCAUCUCACUUUAUAGGCCGGGAGCCAGCGCUGUCCGCAGACACUUCCGGGUCACGUGGCCAGCGUGACAAGCUGCAUCUGGCGAGCCAGCGCAGCACACGGAACACUGUUUACCUUCCCACUGGUAAGCGGUCCCUAUUUAUCUACUUGCACCCGGGGGUGCUUUCGAACUGCUAGGUUGGCAGGCGCUGGGACUGAACGACGGGAGCGCACCCGGCCGCGGGGAUUCGAACCGCCGACCAUGCGAUCGGCAAGUCCUAGGUGCUGAGGUUUUACCCACAGCGCCACCGGGUUAAAUACUUAAUUCGUUCUGGAGGUCUGUUCUUAACCAGAAGCACCACUUUAGCUAAUGGGGCCUCCUGCUGCCGCCACGCCGCUGGAGCACGAUUUCUGUUCUCAUCCUGAAGCAAAGUUCUUAACCUGAGGUACAAUUUCUGGGUUAGCGGAGUCUGUAACCUGAAGUGUAUGUAACUUGAAGCGUAUGUAACCCGAGGUACCACUGUAUACAAAUGUGACACUAGAUGGCAACAGUAUGCUAUGGCAAAUUCAAUAUAUUUUUCAAAACCUUUUUAAAAAAGCAUUUUCACAGGGUAUGUAGAUUCCACCCAAAUUCAGGAUGCAAAGAAAGACAGAUCAAUGGUAUAAGGCAACUUCCUAAGUUCUUACAAACUGACUCUCUUGGUGUGUGUAGUGGUUAAGCUAGUGUGGUGUAGUGGUUAAGAGCGGCAGACUCGUAAUCUGGGGAACCGGGUUCGCGUCCCCGCUCCUCCACAUGCAGCUGCUGGGUGACCUUGGGCCAGUCACACUUCUUUGAAGUCUCUCAGCCCCACUCACCUCACAGAGUGUUUGUUGUGGGGAAGGAAGGGAAAGGAGAAUGUUAGCUGCUUUGAGACUCCUUCGGGUAGUGAUAAAGCGGGAUAUCAAAACCAAACUCCUCCUCCUCCUCCUCCUCCUCCUCCUCCUCCUCCUCCUCCUCUUCUUCUUCUUCAUUAAGGCACAUAGAAUAAAGCCCUGUUCUUAUCUUACAGGCACACAUUCACUGCACACAUGGAAAGGGAGCUGCUUCAUGGCUAUUAGUCCUGUUCCGCAACUUUCAUAUUUCCAGCUCUAUACAAAUACUGCUGUGUGCAUGUCUGGAAACCCUGGCACAAUGAGAAUUUCCAGUCACAUGUACAGAGUGCAUGAGUACAGCCUGUUCAUACUUUUGCUUCUCCAGUGAACACAUGCUAAAGUGAAAACGGCUAAGGUACCUGUGGGGCAAUGGAGAAAACGAAGGAUUUCAGGACUCAGAGCUACAAGGGGUCCUGAACUGUAACCUGAGGGAACCAAGGAUUUUGCCUAUGAUCUAGCACUGACCAAAGGGAACACAGGGAAUUCAACAAUGUCAGCCAAAGAAGCUUUCCUCGUCCAAUAGGCCAGAACAGACCAGGUGGCAUUCUCUGAUACAUAUAAAGAAAACCCCUCCAGCUCUGUCCAUGAGCAACUAGGAUAUAAUAUAAUAAUAAUAAUAAUAAUAAUAAUAAUAAUAAUAAUAAUAAUACAGUCAUACCUCCAAUUACGUAUCCCUCUGGAUACGUAAUCUUUGGGUUGCAAACACGGCAAACCCAGAAGUAUUUUUCCAGAAGCACUCUACGCAUGCACAGAAGCGGUCCUCCAGUUGUGAAUUCCUCGGGUUGCAGCCAGACCUCCGGAACGGAUUCUGUUUGCAACCGGAGGUACCACUGUAGUAGUAGUAGUAGUAGUAGUAAUGAUGAUAAUAAUAAUAAUAAUAAUAAUAAUAAAAUAUAAAAUAAAAAUAAUAAUAAAUAAUAAAUAAUUUAUACCCUGCCCAUCUGGCUGGGUUUCCCCUGUAAUCUAUCCUUUUUGUCUUCAUGGCAGCUGGCCCAUUAAGAGAACAGUGGGAUUUUGUAACUUCUAGAUUGAAAUCAGACUUGGGUUUAGUAUUAAGCUACCUCUCGAACUGAAAAACUAUUCUGCCUUUUGUUCACAAGUUUUCCUUUGUCUUCUCAAAAACAGGAGCAGCACGGUGAUGCUUGCUGGUUUAUGUUGUUUGUUAGGCAAUACAGCAAGCUAAACUGAAGCAACCCUAGAGUCUUGCGACUCAUGUUUACCCAAGAGAUGUGCCAUUAUUAGCGAGCAGCAUGGGAAAGAAGAGAGAGACUAUUUGUAAUCACCCCCACCCUGGCUAUUAAAAACCCCCUGUGUUUUUAGAAAAUCCCCUUAAAGAUGCAUUGCGUUGAAGUUAUAAUGUAACAUGCUCAGACAUUUCCUUUCGCUAGGCCCUCCAUAUCUAGUGAGUAGAACAUUGCCAAAAGUAGGGUGUUGUCUCCGUGGAAAGAUGUUUUAAAACUGUUGGGAGUCAAUGGCAAGGAAAAACAGCUAACACUUUCUUUCUUUUUAUUAUUAUUAUUAUUAAUUAAAUUUUAUUAAGUACAAAUUAGAAAACAUACAUAUUUACAACAAAAGAAAAUAUGUAAGAAAAAGAAAAUACAUAUAACCAAGGAAAAAAGUUAGUGACUACUUUGUCUCUUUUCAUAUUUACAAUUAUUUAUACCUCUAUAAAAUGCUGUUCACAAUAAAGGAGUGAAAUGAAAGAAAUCAGAAAAAAGAAGAAAAGAACAAAGAAAAAAUAAAGAAGUAAAAGAAAAGGAUCAUAGGUGAAAAUUUUUAAAAGUAGAUAAGUAUUCACUAAACAUAGCCGGACAACGACAAACAGCUAACACUUUCUUUAACAGGGAUGUGUUGGCAACACAGUGAGGUCUUGAGGAUACUAGGUCAUGGAGCCCAUCUCUGAAUAAACAUGCGUAUUGCUGUGCUAUAAUUGACACCGUGUGGGGUUUACUGUCACCCGGAGUAAAUUGAUGUUGUUAUAUUGAUUUUGAGGGGCUUCUGUUUUUUUGUGCUCCAGCUCAAUGAUUUGAGUUGUGUGGCAUUGUUGUUCUCCCCCCUGGGAAUUAGGGUAAUGAAGUUCAAAACAAAACAUCACUUCAUCAUAGGAUAGGAAGGAUAAUUUCCAACAUGCCUGUGUUUCGGAAUGUCGGUGUGCGACAGACAGAAAGUGAUUGGCACCAAGUAGGACUUUGGAAUUAAUGGGGACUUGACAUGUGUUGAUUAUGUGUAUGUAGCAUAACAUUUUGCAUGACUGUAUCAGCUGCCAGGCCGUAGUUGGGGGACAUUAUUCACUUCUGUGCUCUACUACACAAGCUAGAAACGGUUGACUUGAUGCCUUGUUUUAUUUUCAAGAAGUUAUUUUGGGCAUAUUUGGAAGAGUAACAUCUCUAUCUCACCAGCUAAAUAUUCCGUCUGGCUGGGAUGGCUCAAAACGCCAGUACAGCUUUAACCCUCAAAUCAUGAAAUGAAAUGAGUUUGCAUUUGUUUUAUCAGUCUUCCUGCUUUUUAAGUAUUUCGGGGUCAAUGUUCCCCUUUGAAACCUUUCUUCACUUCCAGGAUAGCCAGAAGCAUUUCUUUAAACAUGAAAAUUUGGGGGAAGCACUUAGCCCUUUGAUUUCUAAACUUAUGGGCCAAAUUAAACUGUACUGGGAACUUAGAGCUGCAGCUGUUUAUCCAGAUUUCAGUGGAUUAUUCACUUGAUGUGAUCAGAUCUUUGUGAAAUAUUAGGGCAAAUGUCAAAGUGGCCAUCCUAGGGUAUGGCUGUAGAAGGCAUCAUCUGUGCAUCAACAUUUGACUGACAUUAUAGCUUUGUGAGGCUGGAGCAAUUUCCAGAUUGGUUUAACAAUCAAUCUCUCUUCCCAGGGAGUUCUGCGAAUUGUAGGUCUAUGAGGGGAAUAGAGGUCUGCUAACCACUUCCAGUACCUGCAACAAACAUUAGUUUGUUUCUUUGCUUUACAAAAGCCACUCAAAGUAACUUACAAUAAUAUAUAAACAUGAUGUCGCCAGCCUUCCUCUUAAUGACCAUUGCAUGGAAAAUAGACGAUACAGAUGUGCUGAAAAAAAAUAGUAAUUAUUAAAUAUAAUAUGUUUAUUUUGGGUUUCUUUAUUUUAUUGCAUCGCUGCUGGCUCAAGAGGAUCAUGCGGUAUUUUUGUUUCUUUAUUUGUUUUAAAGUGAAUAUUAUUUAGGCACCUUGGGAGACUUUUCAAAAGGCUUUAUAAGCAAGCAAGCUUUAUAAGCUAGCUCUCAAAACAGUUCUUAGGAGUAAAUUUUCUUAAUUAGUUUUGUACAUAUGUUUAAAAAGAGCAGAAAAAGAGUUGUAGUUAACUAAGGUCAGAGCAGAUUCAUUGAAAUUAAUGGUCCUAAGUCUAUUCAUUUCAAUGGGUCUGCUCUGAGUAGGACUUAAACACUGGACACCACCUCAGUUCUUUAAAAUUGAUGUUAAUUCUGCCUUCCUCCUGACCAGGUUUAGCUAUUUGAGGUCAAAUCCACACAAGACACUAGGAGCACUCAUAUUACUUUGACAGAAAUCCCCUCUCCUCAAAUUAUGGGAACUGUAGUUUACUAAGAGUGCUGGGAAUUGUAGUGGUCUCCUGACAACUCUCAGCAGCUAUAAUAAACUACAGUUCACUGGAUUUUGAAGUGGAAACCAUGACUGUUAAAGUAGUAAGAGUGCUUUAAAUGUAUGGCCUGGAUGGGAUCUGGAAUAACUCCCAAACUUUAGACAAGAGCAGCAUUGGGAGGGAGUUUGUUGUUAAAAAGUGACACUUACUGUAACAGCUUCAUGGUGAGUACCGGUACCUAUUUUUCUAGGGAAAAAAGCACUGCCCCCAACUACCCACUUCCCCUCUCCAAAGGCCCCCUUGGGCAGAUGUUCAGAUCCAUAUUGAUAAUGGCCGCGAAGUUUGCAAAGCAGCAAGUGGGCAUUUGCAAAAGCGAGUUGACUGGCAAAAGGGUAUUUCAGGCAAUGAAAACAGCCACAUGAAGUGCAUUCCAAGAGGGAAAUAUUGCUAUCCUACUGCAAUCUUCGUAUGGCGUAUGAAUAUAAAGAUGAUUGAUACGCUGUGCUGCAUCAGGAUAUCUGCUUGGUUAAAUAUGAAAGCGCCUUUUGCAGCUGCAUUGGCAUCAGCCAUAAAUAAUACAUUUGCGUGUCUGUGUGCUUUUCCUUUUUGCAAAAGUUGCUUCCCCAAGAGGCCUUAAGAAUAUUCCCAGGAUCUGGAAGUCUUUCAUGUCUUCCGCACCCAGGUGACUCUGAGCAUAUUUCAAGGACAGUGCCUGGUGAAGCUUGCAAGUCAGUACAAGUGAAGGGCAACUGUAAAAAUAAUAAAAACUGUGCAUAUAUAUAUAGAGAGAGAGAGAGAGAGAGUGUGUGUGUGUCAUUGGGGCAUAAAAAGAAUUGGUUUGGCCUUUCACCCCAAUGGGCUUACAUAAAAGAGAACUGACCUGUCAGACUACGCAUUAUUGGAAAUGUGGGUGAUAUAUAGCAGAGUUUAGGAAGGUGGCCUUGUGUAGCUUACAUAGGUCGACCCCAAUUCAGUAAUAUUUCCAGAACCUCACUGGCAAUAAAUGAAAUAAAAUAAAAGUAAAUCAGAGGUUGCGGGUGUUGAUAUGCCUGACAGCAUAGGAGCCAACUCCUUGGGGCCGGAGCUUCGGCCCCCUGCAAUAAAAUAUUUGAGGAGGCCAGGCCCCCGCAAAAUCGAUAGGCAUUGCCAUUCAAAUGUUGUGCAUGCCCCAUGUCAUGCGAUCGAUUAUGUGGGGCAGGGCUUACCUGGGCCCCCCUGCAAUAUUUCAUUCAAGUUGGCACCCCUGUCUGACAGUUUUUUGUGAAGGCUGAAUAGCACAAUGGCUGGAGAGCAUACUGUGGAUCUUCUUUUCAGAUUCAGGCUGCAAUCCUGAUCCUACAUACCAGGGAGUAAGCUCUGUUGAAUACCGAGGGGCUGACUUCUGAGUAGGCAUGUUUAGAGUCGUGCUGCAAGACUGUUUUCAUUUUGAUGGAUGGAGAUUCCCACUCACUGGGAUUUCCCACUGGGCUUGGGACUGGUCAUGACCUAUGUUACAGAGAAGACACACAAGUAUCUAAGCCACUUUGUACACUUAAAAACAACCAUGACCGUAAUUGCAUUAAAAUAUAUGAGGGUGUUGUUGUUUUUUGGAACCCUUCAUAUUAUACCACAGAGGCUUUCUCCGUAUGCUAGUGUUUGGGAGGCUGGAUCGAACUAUUGCCCAGAUUAAUUUUUUUUUUUGGGGGGGGAGGAAGGCAGCAAUGGGAUGCAAUGGAUCUGGGCGUUUGACUCCAUCCUUUUAAACAGCAUUGUUGAAAUGUUGCAGGAGCUACAAAAAAAUGCAUCUGCCUUCCUGCUGAUCAUAAGGACUCAUAAAUGACCAUACAUUUAAAUUCUAAUUGCCUUCUGCACACUGUAAAUAAAAAGAAGAUGCCCUGGGGUGGGGUGGGGGGAGAACGCAUUAUCAUUCUUCAAUGGAGUUUCACCCAGCUUUGGGGGUUUUCUACAUAAUUUAACAUGAAUCUGAUGGAAGACUUUGGAUUUUCUCCAAAUUUGGAUAAAUAUUCCAAAUUGGAGCUUGUAACAGAUCUGCCUCAGGGGAGGGAAGAGCAAGAUGUGGGUGAGGCAUGUAGAUGGGGGCCUCUUGUUUGAAAGUGCUCCUCUGCCCAUGCCUGCUUUUCAUAGAGGGAUUUACAUAACCCCGCUCCAGAGGGGACUGAACACAGGAGCCCCACCCCUCGACACAUGCCUCUGUCACAGACCAACACCUCCUCAUUCAAUGGACAUGGGAAGGAGUACAGAUGUACAUGGUACAGCUCCUCUUAAAAUAAUGUCAGUCCCGCCUCACCUGGAGAAGUUUUCCAGAUCAACAGGCUUCCUGAAGGGGGUUAACUAAGCCAGGGUCCGAACUCAUUGAGACCACGUUUAAAACAAUAUGAUGACACUUCAGUUGUGGCUUCUGUCCAAGAAUCCUGGGAAAUGUGGUUUGAAAGAGUGUCUCCACCCACACCGUUCAGCCCAGACACUGAGGUCCAGCACCGAGGGCCUUCUGGUGGUUCCCUCCCUGCGAGAAGUGAAGUUACAGGGAACCCGGCACAGGGCUUUCUCGGCAGUGGUACCUGCCCUCCCAGCAGAUGUCAAGGAGAUAAAGAACUAUAUUACUUUUAGAAGACAUCUGAAGGCAGCACUGUAUGGGGAAGUAUAAGGAAGUUUUUAAUGUUUGAUUUUUGUGUGUGUUUUAUAUUUUGCUGGAGAGCCUAGGGCUUGACCCGGAAGCUGUACGCCGGCUCCCUCGGCCAGUAAAGCGAGAUGAGCACCACAACCCCAGAGUCGUCUGCGACUGGACCUAAUGGUCAGGGGUACCUUUACCUUUUACCAGAGUCGAUAGAUGUCAGUUGGAUGGCAUAUAAAUAAUGAAAUGAAAUGAAAUAACAAUAAUAUGUUCAGGGUGCUGAGAGUUGUUAUGACACCUCUAUUCUCCUCAUAGAACUACAGCUUCCACUAGCGCUUACACACACACACACACUCAUGCAUGCAUGCAUGCAUGUAGCCUAGCUGUUUUCCUGCUGACAUCCAGUGGGUGCCUUAUUUUAGAAGAUUAUUAUUAUUAUUAUUAUUAUUAUUAUUAUUAUUUGCCAGAUGAAUGAGUUUGCAAAUCUGCCUAGGCAGCAGGGCUGCUGGAAACAGCACAGAGAAAAAAAAGAGCUGCUGUGUGGCUUUAUUAAUCUGACCCUUACUCUUCCUUUCCUUCAGAUCCCUGUCUCUGAAAUGAGAUUAACUACACUUCCCGGAGCGCUGAGAGGAAAAUGCAUUUUAUAGUUUUCAGGACCUAGCUGCAGGAGCUUUUGGAAAUUGUGGGUAGAAAGGGGAGCUGUUGUUUCCUUACAUUACGUGUAAACCCAAAGCGUACUUUGUUAAGAGAAGUGCUUUGGAUUAUUUGUAAGUUUUGUGUUAGUUUCUGAGGGGAAAAAACACCCAGUAUCCCUAUAUCACACUAUUGGAACUUUAAUCUGCUCUUACUUAGUAGCUCCUAAUGAUUUUCCAUUGUGUAAUUUCUCUCUGGACACAAUCCUGUGAGUUGGAUUUAUUCAGCCAAUGUUAAGGAAAGGUGAAGUAACGACUUGGAGUCUUGUGGCUUACAUGUUUGCAUCUUUAAGCCGACUUUAAGACAAAACAGCAAGCAUGGUCAGUGGAUGGAUUAGAGGUGUCUCUGACAGAUGUAUCUAUCAUGCGCAAGUCAUCUUUCAGGCUCAGGACCAUUUAUUUGAUUACAUUUGGUGCCAAACUCAGCAGGAGCUGCAGGCAGUUACAGUUUCCUGUCACUUCUCCCUGGGCGGUACAUCCUGUUCUGCCGCCUGAGGUGAGACAGGAAGGUACUUCUGCCCCUGCCCUGUCACUCCCCACUGCCACCUCCAUUACUUGACUCAUGUAGUACCUGCAAAGCAGCCAUGGCGACGGCAGGUUCUAGCAAGGCCACACUGAAAUCUCACGAGAUAUUGUGCGUUCCAUGAGAUCUUGCCAGAAGCUGCUGGCAGUGGGUUGGCCGUGGGGUGGGCAUGCCGCUGCCCAAGGUGGCUGCCCUAUCCUGCCUCGUGGGUGAGCUGCCGCUGCAUAUGUCUGUAUGAUGCAAAAGUUUGCAAAUUUGCAUGCUGCGUUCACACUUGACACUACAUUGGAUAAUUAGAUUAAAUAAUGUGAUGUGUGAAAAUGCCCUCCAUUUUUCCUGUUUAUAAAAGGGGAAUAAUUUUGACUUAAUUCAAAAAAGUUAUGACAAGAAAAAGAAAAAAGACCAUAGACCUUCAUGAACAUUGCAAAUAUUAGGGAAAGCACUGUCUGUAAACAAAAGUUUUUGUUAUUCUGGAGAUCUGUUUUCUGUGGAGAUACUAAUAUUGAUAAUUUCUAUAACACUCUUUUGUUAACCGACAGAGCUCUUACAUAAUAAGCUGCCCUAAGUACAGUGGUACCUCAGGUUAAGUACUUAAUUCGUUCCAGAGGCCUGUACUUAACCUGAAACUGUUCUUAACCUGAAGCACCACUUUAGCUAAUGGGGCCUCCUGUUGCUGUUGCUGUCGCCAGAGCAUGAUUUCUGUUCUCAUCCUGCAGCAAAGUUCUUAACCCAAGGUAAUAUUUCUGUGUUAGCGGAGUCUGUAACCUGAAGCGUAUGUAACCUGAAGCGUAUGUAACCCGAGGUACCACUGUACUAACUACUAAGGUCCUUUGCCUAUGCUGCUUGGCAGUGGAUUUUUGUGAUUGCAGACAGGGGUCUGGGUCGUCUUGCACAAAUCUCCGCUUUACAGAUAGGAACCAAAGCUUAAAUGCUUAUUUAUUUCCAAAGCUACCUAACAAGAAGGUGGCUAAACAGGAAUUUGAACUUACAGUGGUAUUCAUUGAGCAUACUGGACUGGGCUUCUAUGCGUUAUUUUAAGAACAGCAAAUGUCAUUCACAUUUCAGAAAGUCAACUAUGGAGGGAGUUGUGUGUGUGUGUGUGUGUGUGUGUGUGUGUGUGUGUGUAUCAUACAUAAUUACAAUAAGCAUCUUAUAAAAGAUAACAAUGAUGCUGUGAUUCCUGAUUAAACAUCAGACUCCCAUCUGCAAGCAAGGUAAGUAGUUUUAAAUCAGUGGGAAGGUUUUGACCUUGCCUUGUUUGAAAUGACCUACCUUUUCUUUUUUUGUUUACUUUUAUUAAAGCAAAUGCACUUUGUUUGCUGGAGCAGGUAUAAAUAUGAUCACCUAUCUUUAGAAGAAUAUUAUGUUUGAGGGUUACAACAUGAAAUACAGUGCUGUCUUUUCCUUUUUAAAAAUAAAAUAAUAAUAAUAAUAAUAAUAAUAAUAAUAAUAAUAAUAUAUACUUAAGAAUUUCCUUGCUGGCUUAGACCAAGGUCCAUCUUAGUUCAACAUUCUGUUUCUAACAGCAACUAGACAGAUUUUUAUUACCUUUGUUUGUGGAACUUAAGUAACACAUGUCCAGUGUAGUGCUUGAGUACAGUCAUACCUUGGUUCUUGAAUGGCAUAGUUGAUGAACCAAUCGGCUCCAGAACUCUGAAAACCUGGAAGUAAGUGUUCCGGUUUUUGAAUGUUUUUCAGAAGCCAAACGCACUCCGGCAUUCGGGGGGCGGAGAGCAGGCGGGGCGGGGCUGGCACACACCCCGGGGACGUGGCACGCCACCUGCGGGGGUGUGGCGCCCAGUGUGGGCAGCCGUGAUGGCACCCCACCGGGAUCGCACUGCCAGGGGUGGUGCGCUCCCCCUGCACUCCUCUUCCUCCGCCAGUGCGCCAUGGUUUUCGAAUGGUUUUGGGAGUCAAACGGACUUCUGGAACGGAUUAAGUUUGAGAACCAAGGUUCCACUGUAUUACUUAGAUGUUACAUCAACCAAGUUAGUACUAUCCUCAAUAUGGCUUAGCCAUAUUGUGUGCAGCAGUUAUUUUUACAACUCACUUGUAAGAGGGAAUACUGGUACAGUGGUACCUCUGGUUAUAUAUUUAGUUCGUUCCGGAGGUCCGUUCUUAACCUGAAACUGUUCUUAACCUGAGGUACUAUUUCUGGGUUAGCAGAGUCUGUAACCUGAAGCGUCUGUAACCUGAGGAACCACUGUACAGUGGUACCUUGGGUUACAUACGUUUCAGGUUAAAUACGCUUCAGGUUAGACCCCACUAAUCCAGAAAGAGUACCUCGGGUUAAGAACUUUACUUCAGGAUUAGAACAGAAAUUGUGCUCUGGCAGCACGGUGGCAGCGGGAGGCCCCAUUAGCUAAAGUGGUGCUUCAGGUUAAGAACAGUUUCAGGUUGAGAACGGACCUCCAGAACGAAUUAAGUACGUAACCAGAGGUACCACUGUAUUCCUUUUUUACAGAUGUGGAACUGAGGCCAACGUAGGAGUCAACUCCUAGGGGCCACAGGGGCUUCUGCCCCGCAAUAAAAUAUAUGAGGGGGCUGUCCCCCAAAAGUUGAUGGGCACUGGCACUCAAAUGGUGUCUGUGCACCAUGUCAUGUGAUUGAUUAUGGGGGGUGGGGCUUACCUGGGCCCCAACAAUAUUUUUUUCAAGUUGGCAUCCCUGGAAGCUAACAAAGCAUGACAUGUUUCCAGUCAGACAAUGAAUCAAUCAGUGACUGCAAUGGGAUUUGAAACAAUUUGAUCCACACCCAGCUCUUUACACCGUACAGGCAACUCCCAUUUUAGGCAUGACCGAUAUGUGUUGGAUCCCGUUGGAUUAAUCUGUGUCUUGGAAAGCACAUAGAGUUGAAAGAGGAAGUGGGAAAGAGUGUCACUCUUUCAACUUCCUCCUUUAACUCUAUAUAUUUUACAAGGGAGAAAACGGGAACUGCCCUUCCUGCCUCAUUACAAAGGGGGUCCUCAAGUAGCUUUGUGGAAAGAAUUCAAGGGCACUCCUGCACCCAUGGGUAUCAUGCUGGUGGCUCCUGUUCUCAUGCAAAUCAAGUAGCUUGUGAAUUUCCAUUUUAAACCACUUAGCUGCAAAGUUUUAGGCAUGUCUUCAAAAAAAUCUUGAGCGACAACUGCCCAAUUAUUCAUCAGUACAUGUAGUAAAAUUCCUUCCUACCUUUUAUGCCUCCCUUCCCAAUAUGUCCUGAAGCAUGAAUGUUAAUUGCCCACAUUAUUACUGCUCACUCCAGCAGUUUGCUGAGCAAGCUGCCUUUCAAAGACCCUCACUACAUUGUGAGGAGCCACCUGUCUCUUAUUACUGCAAACUAGAAAGGGACAAGCUUGUCUGAUUAAUAUGAUUCAGCUGCUACAAAAUUGUGGUUUAGCUGAAAGCAUCGGGACAUUGACAUGCAAAUGAGAAAGCAAGACCUCUCCAUUCUCUCUUCACCGUUCCUGAGAGGGAACAUCCCAAUAUGUAAGAGCGACGCACACAAAAACAUGUACAUGAUGCUGGUAAAUAGAUGUUUGCAAAUGUGCGUGUACAUUAAAUAUGUUGGCCAUUGCAUUAGCGCUCUUGAUGUAUAUCCCAGGGGCUGUGUGGAACAAAAGUGUGCAAUCUGCUACCUUUAAUGAGUUUCAACUUCUGUACUUUUCUCUUUUUCAAAAGGAUAACCUGCAUUAAUUCCACGCCAUGUGGCGAGACAAUUGGGGGGACAAGAUCUUGCUUUUUGCGUUCUCUUCUCUUUACCCCCAGGGGCACCAAAACCCUGCCAAUCGAUAGCCAGCUGUUAUGUUUUCUUUGAGCUCACGGACCCAACAGUCGGAGUUGAUGGGGGAGUUGCUGUUGGAUGCAUCGGUUAUUCUAAUUUAAUGCCUAACGAACAGUGAGCACUGGGUUUUCCAAUGUGCUAGAAGCCAGUAACUAACUGUCAUAGCUGGGGAUGAAUUUAAAGUGGGCCUAAAGAUGCUUUCAUGAAUAUGGAAAAACAGAAAAACUUCAUGAACCCAAGGCUUGUCUGCUUAAGUUUCCUAGAAAUAAGGCACAGAGCCAGGAGCCUAAUAAUAAAUUACGGGAUUUUUUUUUUUUUUAAGUCGAUCCUUUCCCUUGAGAGUUGAUAUGUUCAUCAAAUUAAUAAUUUCUUUGAUCCAUUGAGGAGCCACACAUGAUAAAGAAAAUAAGAUUUUUCUUAAUCUGGUAUGUCAAAAGCGCAGGGCCAAAUUAAUCAUCUUUUACUUAAAUCAUGGAAGUAAUACUGUAGACGUGCUUCAGAUCCAGAAGGGAUUAGAUCCAAACACCCAACUGAUGUGGGGGGCUUAGGGCUUGUCAUGGUAGCAAGAGCACAAGCAUCGGGCAGAGGAGAGGAGAGGAUUUUUUGAGUAAGCCGUUAAGAGGAGAAAGAGAGGCAGAUGGUAGAUAGUUGAGGCUGGAGUGGGCAAAAAUUGGGGCAGAGAAGUGGGAGCACCAGAAAAAAGGGAGAGAUCAAAGUGAAUGCGCACACGCACACACACACACACACACGUACGUGAGGCAAACAGUGAAAAGCAAGGCAGUGUAUUCAAACCAACAACUUGGCCACUUUUGGAUUCUUGCCUCACAUCCGGAUUCUAAACCUGUAAAAUUCUGUUUGUCCACCAAUGUAAUUCACUGAUAAGGUUCUUUCAUAGUUAUUCUUGUCGUUUCAACCAUCAUAUAAACCACAGAAAAAGUAUACAACUUACACAAUCUUAAAGAACCAAAAUGUAUCUUCACAUUAAAAUAUACCAACAACAACAACAACAACAACAACAACAACAUACAGAAGGUUAAAAUAUUAAAAUUCAAAAGGUUGAAGGAACCAGGGGUCAGCAAACUUUUUCAGCAGGGGGCCAGUCCACUGUUCCUGGGGGGGGGGGGCUGAACUAUAUUUGGGGGGGUGAACGAAUUCCUAUGCCCCACAAAUAACCCAGAGAUUAAUUUUAAAUAAAAGCACACAUUCUACUCAUGUAAAAACACCAGGCAGGCCCCACCAAUAACCCAGAGAUGCAUUUUAAAUAAAAGGACACAUUCUACUCAUGUAAAAACAUGCCGAUUCCCGGACUGUCUGUGGGCCGGAUUUAGAAGGUGAUUGGGCUGGAUCCGGCCCCUGGGCUUUAGUCUGCCUACCUAUGAACUAAUCCAUUACAAUCCAUUACAAUUAACUUGCUACAUUAAAUCUUUGCAAUUCACCAUAUUAAGCUCAGUAAAAUUUCAUAUUCUCCAACAUAAAGAAAAGACAUUCCCCUUGACAAUAAGAUCUCCUGUUGCCCCAUGUGGCAGCAAUGUUACCGCAACAGUCGUGUAGCCUUCCCUAAUGACUUAAAGUUUCUGGCUGUCCUCAAAAUCUGUGGGGAUGGCUGGCAUGGGCUUCUUGCUAGUGCUUGAGCCCUGAGUAGCUAGCUGCACAGCAGCAUAAGCUAUGCAUGUGUAUCCAGAAGUAAGUUUCAUUGAGUUCAGUGAGAGCUGCUCCCAGGUUAGGUAUAGGGGGUUGCAGCCUGAGUCACCUAGCCACAGUUUUGUUUCCUGGUUAGGUCAUCCGUGGUUUUUUCUACCCAUUAAAUUACAUUCUCCAAGGAGCUCAAGGUGAUGUAUGCAAUUUUGUGUCUCUCCAUUUUGUCCUGACGAUCUUGUGCACUGGGUUAGGCUGAAAGAUAGUGACUGGCCCACGGCCUUCAUGUGUGAGCCAGGAUUUGAACCCUGGUCACUCAGGACUUAGUCUUAGCCUCUUAACCACUGCGCCACACUGGCUGUCCUUGAAAGCUGUCUCCAUAGCAUCUUUGUUCUUUUCUGUGAAGCCAAAUUUUUGUUGUAUAAACACAUUUUAAGCCAGUCCUUUCUUCACUUGAGGAACCAUGUGUUUGAGCAAAAGUGGUGUGGAGUCACUACAAAGCAACAGCAAAUGAGCCAGGAAAUGUAAGAUGUGUUGAAGAUGUAAUGGAUAGCGUGACUUCUUUUCCUGUUUGGUCUGUUCUGAAAAGUGAAAUUGCUGCACAUAGACAGGCCAGACCCUUAUCAAGAGCCAGCCUCGUGGUCGAAAUUUGACAGGUGGGUGGGGCUGUCCACUGGCCAGUCAGCCUGAUGAUCUGGUAGCUCAGUGUUUCCCAAACUGGGUUUCCAGCUGUUUUUGGACAACAAUUUCCAUCAUCCCUGACCACUGGUCCUGCUAGGUAGGAAUGAUGGGAGUUGUAAUCCAAAUCCAACUGGAGACCCAAGUUUGGAGAACCCUGUGGUAGCCUUUGCCUUUACCAUCCAUAAGCCUGUUUUCCCUUGCCAAUGCACACCACAAGACUCUCAAUUGUGCAUUGGCAGCCAUGUCUCCCUAUCCCACACCUGAUAUCACAUAUGACCAGGUCAGCGUGGAAAACUGCCUUGUGGGCCAAUUUUGAACUCUUGGCAGGCCAGGUUUGGCCUGUGGGCUGGCGAUUCCCCACCUCUGGACUACAGUAAUCCUUAGGCCUGUGGGACCUAACUCUGUACAGUGGUACCUCGAGUUAAGAACUUAAUUCGUUCCAGAGGUCCAUUCUUAACCUGAAACUGUUCUUAACCUGAAGCACCACUUUAGCUAAUGGGGCCUCCCACUGCCACCGUUGCGUGAUUUCUGUUCUCAUCCUGAAGCAAAGUUCUUAACCCAAGGUACUAUUUCUGGGUUAGUGGAGUCUGUAACCUGAAGCGUCUGUAACCUGAGACACCACUGUAUUUAACAGUCAGAGUUAAAAAUUGAUCUGGCUAGAUACCUAUGGUUAUGAGUUUCCACUGGUACAGCCAGACUGAGCAUGAUUUGUUGGCUGUUCGUCUUGGAGUGAUCCUUCUUAGCCCAUGGAAAGAAAUGAAAACCAGGUUGCAAUCCCUGUAUCCCUUUCCUUGUAGAAUGAUGAUAAUUACGAACAGGUAGUUACCUAAAGGAUCAAAACACACAGUCUUAUGCGCCUUUAAAAAACUAUUUAUUCCUUUAGACACAACCCUUCACCAAAAUUCUCUCAGGAGCAUUUUACCACACAAUAAUAGAAACGCAAAACACAGCAACUGGCAAAUAAAACUUUUUAAAAAAAUUAUUAUUUUUAAAAUGCCUAAAACUGCAAAGCCUGAGAGAAUAGAACAAAGUUUUUGCCUGAUGCUUGGAAGAAAAUAAUUGGGGCAAGCAAGCGACUGCAGGGAGGGGCGUUGCACAAAUGGGGGUGUCACAACAACCAAAGAAAGGCCCUCCCACUGUUUUUUUACUUUCUUCACCUCCAGCAAGGAGGAAGUGGAGAGAAGCACCUUAGCUGAUGACCUACAAGCUGGUAAGGGAGGGGGCACUCUCUCAGGACUUCAGUUCUCAUUAUUUGAGAGUGUUGCCCAUUGAAUGCAGAAGGAAAAAGCACAGGGCUGAGCUGCAUGCUGGGAAGGAAGAGCAUAUACAGUGGUACCUUGGGUUACAGACGCUUCAGGCUACGGACGCUUCAGGUUACAGACUCUGCUAACCUGGAAGUAGUACCUCGGGUUAAGAACUUUGCUUUAGGAUGAGAACAGAAAUCGUGUGGGGCAGCAGGAGACCCCAUUAGCUAAAGUGGUGCUUCAGGUUAAGAACAGUUUCAGGUUAAGAACGGACCUCCAGAAUGAAUUAAGUUCUUAACCCGAGGUACCACUGUACUGAAAUAGUCCCUGCAAGUGUAACAGUUCUGCUUCUAUUCUGAUUCGCUUUGGUGGUUUCCUUUUUUAAAAAAAACACACACACACAAACAGAUAAAGCCCCAUAUUUACUCUGUGCUUGCCAGGGAUAUCUGCUGCAUCCAUCCCGAUAGCAUCCCACGGCCUUGUAACUUUAGAAGUUGUUUUGGCAUCGAUGCCAGUGAGAACUCAGUAACAUUUCUAUCUUGAGAACAAGUGCCAGCGGUGUUUAGAUUUUGGAAACAUGCCCAUUGAGUGAAGCCAAGUAACCGUACGUGGACGAGGGCCGGUUGGAGGAAGAACAGAGAGUCUGGCAGAAAGGGACGUGAUUCUGCCAAGCUCUUACGCCAGCUAAGUGAAUGUGAGUGGGGGGAGGGUUGUUGUUUUUUUACCCAUCGUGGUUAACUAUUGCACCCGCUCUCAAUAAGUCCAAGACGCUGAAGUAGGGAUAAAUCACCACCUUGCUCAACUCUCCAGCAAAGUGGGAGGGCAAGUGCACUUUAGACAAAUCACUAGAAGCUUGAGUGGAAUCGUAUAUAUUCUUAGGGACUGUUCUUUAGAGAAAUAAGAGCUAGUUGAUGGGGCUACCUCACACGCUGCAUCCUCUUUCUUCCCAAACCGUUUGAGCAAAUGUGCUGGAAGCAUCAUAAUGCUUUUGAAAAGGAAAAUGUAAGAGCAAUUAAUGAGGUGCCAUUAAUUCCUCUAGGUGAGCUAGAAGCAGCAGCCCGACAUGCAAUUAUUUGCUAGGAGUAAUAAUAAUAAUAAUAAUAAUAAUAAUAAUUUAUACCCUGCCCUCCCCAGCCAAGACCGGGCUCAGGGCGGCUAACAUCAGGUAUAAAAACAAUUGAUUAAAAUACAACUUAAAAACAGGAUUAAAAUACAACUUAAAAUGCAGCCUCAUUUCAGUGGAAGCCCAGAUCAAAAACUUUUGGGGGGGAGAAAACGUCAAAUCUUCACCAAGGCCAACUAUCCAGACUGGUCCUACGUGGGCCAGAAAAAAGCCAGGGAAGUCCCCAAAUAGGGCUUCCAUCACAGAAGGAAAAGGAAAGAGGGGGAGGGGACCAGGCUGAUUCCAAGCCAAAGGCCAGGCAGAACAACUCUGCGGAAAGAAAUCAGAUCCCGCAGGGCCCUGGUCUCAUGAGACAGAACAUUCCACCAGGCCGGAGCCAAUGUAGAAAAGGCCCUGGCCCUGGUUGAGGCUAAUCUGACUUCCUCAGGGCCCGGGACCUCUAGAGUGUUGCUAUUUAUGGACUUUAAGGUCCUCCAUGGGACAUACCAGGAGAGGUGACCCCAUAGGUACAAGGGUCCUAGGCCGUGAAGGGCUUUAAAGGUCAAAACCAGCAUCUUAAACCAGUCCUGCCAUCAUCUGCAUGAAUUGCAGUUCAGUGAGAAUGGGGUAGGGGAAAAUACACCAACCCUAGGCAGUGAGGAGGGUGGAUUCUAGCGACAAGGAAGCAUUUGCUGUGCUGCUUUGUAUAUUUCACUGUGUUUCUCCUCCACCCUCCUCAGAGUCUUGAGCCAUUUUCAGACUGAUGGUUCAUUUGCUGGGCAGACCCUGGACUCAGCUAUAUUAAGCAAAAUAUGGUGUUAUAAAUGCGUUAUCACAUUGUGACAACAGAGGGCGCUGUAGAGCUGAAAUCUCAACUCAAUUAUAUUUUCAAUUGUGAGCUUUACAACAGUUUUUUGCAGAUCGUUUUUAUAGCUGUGUAGAUCUAGCCCCCACUAAGGUUCACUGAUAGAGCACACCUGUAGACCAUUUUCUGUGCAAAGCACAAGUAUCCUAUUUAAUUAUAUUUCAGUUUAUUUUCUGUUUGACUUAGUGUAUCACCUUGGUUUUUAAAAAGCGAGUUUUGUUUACGUAGCAGAAGGCCUGACAUAUCUACCUCUGAGAUAUGUGAAAUAUGAUAUGCAGGUAUGUUAAAUACCGUUGAAUCAGCUUCCAGAGCAACAGCAUGUGUGGGAAAUAUUUGAGCCACUUUGCUUUGUGAAAACAGGCACCUUAGUUACCAAGGUCAGCUGCCGUUUGCUAAAACUGGUUAUAUUUGAUCGUAUUGUGUCCAGUGCCACAGUAGUUAAAGUAAAAUAGCUCAAGACUUAUCUGGAUAAGUAGAUUGUGAAAUCCACAAAUAUGACGUUAGCAAAUGAAAUGCACAUUUUAUUUCCAAAUAUCUGUCUGGAUGCAAGCAAAUCAGCUAAAAAGACACAGAUGCAAUUUGUGCAUAUUUGCCUGUGCUUGGAACACAAUGCAGCAAGGCAUGAACACAAGUAGACAUAAAGAAGAUUGUGUUCCUGGUCUGCAAUAUUACCAAUUCAAUUUUUAAUAUAUGAACUUAAAUUAGCUUUGAUGCAGCUCACUCCCCACAAACUCCACUUAGCUUUGCUUUGCUUAGCAUUUCAUUUCCCCACAGAAUCUCCCACACAUGCAUUGUGCGCAUGAGCACGUGGGCACACAUGCACGCUCCAGUAUUUGUCGCAAUAUAUGCAAAAGUUCCUACCGUGUUUUGGGAGGUGGGUGAAUACUUUGGCCCUCUUUAAAGGACCUUCUUGAUCGGUGGCUGCUCCCAGACUCUGGAACUCCCUCCCUGGAGAAGCCAGACUGGCUCCUUCCUUGUCCUUCCAUUAUCAGGUGAAGACUUUCUUCUUCCAACAGGCUUUUGGGGGAACUAACUGCUUUUAAUGAAAGGGCCAAUGCUGUGCUGUUUUUAUUGCAAUAAUUUGUAUGUUUCCAACAGAUUUUAUUUAUGUAUAUAGUUUCAAUUCCAUUAAUGUUUAAUUGGUUUUUUAAUUAUUGUUUCCCCUCCCCCCCCCAUGUUUUCUUGUUUCUAUCUGUAAGCUGGCUUGAGUCUCGUCAUGGAAAAAGGCAUGGUAUAAGCAAUAAAUAAAAUAAAAUAGUUCAGACACAAUGCUAAACCACGUUUUCGCAUUACGGAAAUGAACCUGUUGAAACCUAGGCCUCAUGUGUUUCCCUUUGGCAGUCCAGUCACCACCAGAGGCACAGAGUAACUAGGCUGGAAUAGGCAGCUUGGUGUCCUCUGAACAUUACUGAACCACAGUUGCCGUCAGCCCUGACCAUUGGCUUUUGGUGCCUGAGGGUGAUGGGAGCUGAAGCCUGGCAACAUCUCAAGGGCCACAGGUUUCAAAUCGUUGCCGUACAACACACACCUCAGGGUACAACAAUGUUAAGUUGUGGGUGAACAUAUCAGACGACACAGCGAUUCUUCAAACAGCUCUUGUUUAUUCACAGGCCAGAACUGAACUGAACUGAAGGGUUUAGCCAGCCUGCUUAUAUAGAGCUCCACUAGAACGCAACAGUAACCAUUUUCUGUAACUAUCCAAUCACUGAAUGUCACUUUCGAUCCCUUAUUUGCAUAUGUGGACCUGAACUAUCUACAGUAUCCCCCUGCUGGCCCAGGGUGAGAACUUCACUACAUAACAAACAACAUCUGCAGAGCACCACAGUGGUCACCCCUAAACUUUGCCAUUAUCUGUCAUUUAAGCUGAGUAGGAGGUUGAGGUCACCAGCAGCCUGAGUGCCGUUAUAAUUAGGCCUAUUUUUCAGGGAGGUGGUAACCCUAUGCCUAGGCCAAGUCAAUGUGAACAAGUAGUGUCUCGUCAUGACUGAAUCUUUCUUUCUUUCUUUCUUUCUUUCUUUCUUUCUUUCUUUCUUUCUUUCUGCAUCUACAUAGAAAAUUAGAUGUUGGGGUCAAGGGUUCUCGCCUAGUUUUCUCUCUGACAUGCCGUUUUUCUAUAUGUAGAAGUGGUUGGCUGGCUGGCUGGCUUUCCCAUGGGAGAAUAUUCCAUCUUCCGGGCUGCCAUCUGCAGUAGGCAGCGGAGACACAGAUUUAUCGCUGCUGAAAGAAAAGGGUUUAAGAGCCCUUGGUCUAAGUCAACCAGCCUUCUGUAGGGUUUAUGGAAUUGUGGAGCUAAUGUCGAACCUCAGAACAGCGUUAAACUAAGAGAAGGCCAAGUACAGAAUUUUGCAGCCACCGUUGAUGAAUACAAGGUCACACACUUUUUCAAAAGGGAUUCAUUCCAGAUUGUAGGAUCGCUGCAGGUUAUGAGAUGGAUUGCUGGUUGUUUAUUCAUGUAUUCAUAUUUGGAAUUGGCUAAUGGAAUUUAAUAGAGUACAAGAGUGUAAAAGCUCUUUUCGAGAGCUUUAUGCUUCUCACAUUGUACUACAACCCCCAAUACAUUGUGGCACUUCACCAUGAGAAGUCUGCCAUUUGCAUUUGUGCAAGGGAUCGUGGAAUGGCACUGUAAGCAUCUUCUGCUGGUUCUUUGGCUCCACGCUUUAAGAAGUUAACACACUGCAUAAAAGCAAAAAAGGAAAGAAAAUCAGAUUAAAGAAAAGCAAGUUUCAGGGUUGUUCAUAUUAUUCAAUAUAAAGGCGUGCAGUACGUUUUACUGUGAUCUUCUUACUGUUCUUUCUUCAGGAGCUUCAAGACCCCUUCAAGUUGCCAACAGCAUCAUUUAUCUAUUGCACAUGGUCUUGUUGGAAAUCUGCCCAGUCCUGACAUUUCUAAAUGUACUCCCUCCCUCCUGCUUUUUUUGGAAUGCAACAGUUAAUAAAUAAAACUAAGCAUCAUUGGCAGGAAACUUAUUGUGGCAAUGACUGUGUCACUCCUGCUCAAUCUCUCUUUGCUCUGUCCAGAAAAGAUAUAAUAUUUCCAAAUAUUAUCUUGUUAUAUGUUUAAUCUUUUGGAUUGCCUUCUCAGUCGCUGUGAUUUUUAAUUUGUUUUUAAUAGAAACGUCUGAUUAUUAUUGCCCAUUUUCUCUGGGAUUCUAUUUCAUAUUGUAAUUCAGUGCAGAAAUCCAAUGCUCAUAGUUGGUCGUAGACCACAUGGAGGUAUCUGCAAAUUACUGGAUUAAUAGCAAAACUCUCUUUUACAAGCAGUUUUUACGACGUGAAACUCUUCACUUUAGAGUCAGACUUGAUGGGACAGGUCAGGCGCAUUUACGCUAUCAAUAUAUCUGCCCUGUUCACAUGUACAGUAGUUUGUGUGUGUAGAGGUAGCCUUUACAUCAGGAGUGGUUCACCUGUGGCUCUUCAUAUGUUGUUGGCUUCCAGACAUAAGCAUCCUUGACCAUUGGUGAUGCUGGCUGGGGCUGAUGGGAAAUGCCAUUCCACAACAGCCCACAGGUUACCACCCAUGAACAGGAAUGUGGGGAAAGUAAGCAAAACCCAUCCUCUCCCCAAUGUAACCACACUGUGCUCCAUCCCUUUAAGGAAUUUUCUCUCCUGAUUGGUCCAUGUCUGGGGGACAAGUAUUUCCUAAAAGGCAGUCUAAGUCAUUAACUAUAUAAUUAUGACUGGAAUUGGGCUGGGAUAAAGUUGGUUUAAACCAUGGAGCACAGCCUUCUCUGUUUUUCAUUUAAACAAGGCAGACACAUAAAUCAACUGCCCCAUCAUAUCUAGUUUGGCUCUGAGAAGUGAGGAUUUGACUCCUAGACUGGGAACAGCAUUGUAUAGUGUUGGGAUAGAGAACUGGGUAUGAAUGUGAGAAAGCCAGGUUUACGUUCUCACUUUGCUCACCUGUCUCUCGGAGUGGAAGUACACUGAGACCAGAAAACAAGGGCCUGGGACUUCCAGGCUGCAGGAUGGUGUUGGAAUAUUGACAAUAAUUUUUAGUGGAGAAGUGGUGGGCAGGAGCAAGGCUGCUUUAGCCAAUAGUAGUAGUAGUAGUAGUAGUAGUAGUAGUAAUAAUAAUAAAUACCCCACCCAUCUGGCUGGGUUGCCCCAGUCACUCUGUGCGGCUUCCAACAUAUAAAAACACAUAUAAAAACAUAAUAAAACAUCAAGCAUUAAUAGUAACAAUCUGAUCCAAUAUAAAAAGUCACAAUACCUUUGAAAUAAACAACUUAUAUCAUAUCAAACAAACCAACAUUCAACAGUCCAUCUCUAUUUCAGAUGCAAACAUUCCAAGCUGGGAUUUCAAAUGCACAUUUGUUUGCAUCGAGUCAGGAAAACACCCACUGGCAGCAUUCAUUGUUCCAUACCCCCACACAAUAUUUGGUAUGACCAUUCACUUCAGCGCUGGUGGCAGUUUUUCUGUGGCUUUUCUGCCAUUCUAGCACCCAGUUGCUAAAUUGAAACCACAGGCCCAAAAAAUUAUAUUUGGUAAAAAAAUUAUAUUUGGUAAAAGGUAAAGGACCCCUGGACGGUUAAGUCCAGUGAAAGGCAACUAUGGGGUUGCAGCACUCAUCUCGCUUCAGGCUGAGGGAACCGGCGUUUGUCCGCAGACAGCUUUCCGGAUCAUGUGGCCAGCAGGACUAAACCACUAAUGGCGCAACGGGACACUAUGACAGAAGCACUGGCGUGCUUUCAAACUGCUAGGUUGGCAGGAGCUGGGACAGAGCAAUGGGAGCUCACCCUGUCACGCAGAUUCAAACCGCCAACUUUCUGAUCGGCAAGCCCAAGAGGCUCAGUGAUUUAGAGACCACAGUGCCACCCGCGCCCGUGUUUAGCAAAACCACUGCGUCCACAUAUGCUGAGCUAUUAAUUCCCCAAGUUGUUGUUUUUAAAGCUCUCCAUUUGGUUCACCAAAAUGUGCGGGGCAGCGGGGGAGUUUUGGGAGAGGGUGGCAGACGUUGCUAUGAUGAAAAGCAAAGCAAAAGAAAUGCAGGCAUGCGAACAUAUCCAAUGCUCACUAUGUGGAAAUAAGUAUCAUUGAUUUUAGUGGCGCUUAUCUCCCUGCAGUGAGGGAGUAGAAUAUGGUAGGAGGGUAUCUGCCUUCCUUAUAUUUACAUGGGUGAGCUAGAAUUUUAAUCGGUUGGGGUUUGAUCAUGUUGAUUUCAAACUCUUCUUUUUCACGUGUCUUUUUAGUUUUGGGGGAAGAGCAGCCACAGUGGUGCUGGCUGCCUUAAUUUUGGGGGCGGGGGUGGGAUCCAGUCAGAGCUGUGAAAAAGCAAGAAGAAAGUACAGUGCGUAGUUAAACUGUGGAACUCACGUCCACAAGAAGAAGUGUGUGGCUUGGAUAGCUUUGAAAGAACUGUGUGGUUUGGAUGGCUACUAGCCGUGAUGGCUAUACUCUGGCUUCUCCGUUAAUCUUCUGCUGCAACUGGGCAUGGUGCUAUAUUAUCCCCUAGUUUCUGCAUUGAUAGCUGUUUUAAUCUUCCUUGUAUAGAUCUGUGAGCAGCUGAUCAAGCCUUAGUUUUUAUUAUCAUGCAUUGAUUGGUUGUUCCCAUGUAGUAUAUCCAGUCCUGUGUAGUCCAGUUCGCAGAAGAAGAAAAGCCUCCUUUUGACCUUGUUCUCUGCUGCUUUGCAUCGCAGCCUCAAUGGCCUGGUCUUUUUCACUCCACCCAGAUCAUCUCUCAUAUCUCAUUCAGAUUUCACCUUCCAUUAACCCUUCUGCUGCAGCUAAGCAUUUAAUCACCUGCAUUUUAAGGACGUUUGCUGUUCAAAUUGUGUUCAGGUUAAUUUAUGUGAAAGUGUGGACUGGAUGUGAGGUUAUUCGCCCUUUAAAAAAUCUCAAUAGCAUACAAUAAAAUACUAAUAAAUAUAAUGACUAUAUUAAAAAUGCCAAAUACAAAAUAGUAAAAUACAUUUCUAUUCACAUAAUGUUAGUUCACUACACAAUAUCUCAAUUCAUUAAAGUCAUUUUAAAGUUAGAUUAAUAAUACUAAAUAGAUAUUACUGUAAAUAGAUCCAUUUCAGAUAUUAUUAAAUAUCAAUCACAACCUGGUCACAGUACAGGAAGGCGAGGAAUUACUUUGUUACAUCAUAAAACAUACACAAUCUAUUCCUGUUCAUGAGAUUACUAGGCCUUUUUCACAUAUUGGGUCACUAAGUCCCAGCUAUUUAUAACUUCAGUAAAUCUUUCUAUCUCCAAGCAUAGCAGUUAACUUUAUAAUACUGAAUUUAUCCCAGAGUCUCCUUAAUAAAUCCGGCUUACUAGGUUUGCAAGUACCUUUCCAAAACUUUGCAUAUAAAAUUCCAGCCGUGGUUAUGACAUACAGCACUUGAAUUGGGUGAAUAGGCACUAUACAUUCUUUUAAUUGUAUUUUUUUUUAAUGAUGAUAGGGUGGAAUCUCAUAUCAAAGGAUUUAGAAGACAUCUGAAGGCAGCCCUGUUUAGGGAAGCUUUUAAUGUUUAACAGACCACUGUAUUUUAAUAUUUUGUUGGAAGCUGCCCAGAGUGGCUGGGGAAACCCAGCCAGAUGGGCGGGGUAUAAAUAAUAAAUCAUUAUCAUUAUCAUUAUUUGUGAAUGUCAGCAGCGAUGAACCAAAAUGUGUCCCUCCAUAAGGAUGACGUGUCCCUUAUCCUUACUAAAGAAUGCACUAGCAUUAUGUGGUCACCUCUUUUUCCAAUUUUGUAAACUUUUCCAAGGAGUCCAAUCACAUGGGUGGGCCAUCUUAAUACAGUGGUACCUCGGGUUAAGUACAUAAUUCGUUCUGGAGGUCUAUUCUUAACCUGAAACUGUUCUUAACCUGAGGUCCCACUUUAGCUAAUGGGGCCUCCCGCUGCCGCCGUGUGAUUUCUGUUCUCAUCCUGAGGUAAAGUUCUUAACCCGAGGUACUAUUUCUGGGUUAAUUGGAGUCUGUAACCUGAAGCAUCUGUAACCUGAGGUACCACUGUAUGGGUAGCUUUAUCAUUAGUAACUUUUGGGAAGUAAGGUCCUUUAUUCAAUUUUAAGAACGUCCAAAACUCCCCUGGUACAUUUUACGGACAUAAAAAGAGCCUGUGGAAUCAGGCCAAUGGCCCAUCUAGCCCAGAAUCCUGUUCUCAGAAUGACCAACCAGAUGCCUUGUGGGAAAUCUGCAAGCAGGAUUCAAGCCCUCUCUCCUCCUGUGGUUUUCCAGCAACUGGUACCCAGAAAUCUUGCUGCCUCCAACUGUGAAGGCAGAGCAUAGCCAUCAUCGCUAAUGCCUUGCUCUCAUAUUAAAUAUAAAACACGUGCAAACUGGGCAUACGGUACAUCUGUGCUUAAUUUAUGAGACUGCAUCAUCCAGCACUGAGUUUAUGAAGGAGCCACUAAGAGAUAAAACACCUCUGACACAGCCUUCACAUCGUCAGGCCUCACCUCACACACAGAACGUUUUGAUGCAGGCAGAUCUCAAGUUCAGCUCUGAGUCACUGAGAGAGGAGAGACAGAGUGAUGCUAAUAUCUGGGUGCCACACCCACAGAGAUGUUUCUGGCCCCUUCACUGUACAGUGGUACCUCGGGUUACAGACGCUUCAGGUUACAGAUGCUUCAGGUUACAGAUUCCGCUAACUCAGAAAUAGUACCUCGGAUUAAGAACUUUACCUCAGGAUGAGAACAGAAAUCGCGCGGCAGCAGCGGGAGGCCCCAUUAGCUAAAGUGGUACCUCAGGUUAAGAACAGUUUCAGGUUAAGAACGGACCUCCGGAACAAAUUAAGUUCUAAACCCGAGGUACCAUUGUAUAGCUUUUGCUGUGUGCUGAAGACCUAUGGACCCUGAGGUAAAUAUAUUUUAGAGCCCACCUUACCCUUCUGAUUGUAUAUUGUUUUAAGUUAUCUUACAAUAUAUAUUUUUCCAAACCACCCUGACACCUUAUGGUGAAGUGUGGGAAAGAAAUGUAAUCAACAAACAAAUAAACAAUAGAAGUCCAAACAGCACUUAUGCACCGUCAUAGAAAAGUUUAGGAUUUCCCUCCAAGACCGUACUGCAUCCCAGCUGAACCUCGCCUACCAAAGCCAAAGAGGUUUUGACAGUGUGUUCACAGACUUAAGUCCCGCUGACUUCAGUAAAGGGCACAGUGUUCACACCAGUAAAUUUGAGCUAGAUUCAUAGAAUCGCAGAAGGGGUCAUGCAUGAGGGACAUCUAGUCCAACCCCCUGCAGUGCAGGAAUCAUUCUGUCCAACGUAGGACUCGAACCUGUGACCCAGAGAUUAAGGGUCUCACCCUGUACCAACUGAACUCUAUUGCCAGGGGGCGCAACAAGGAUUCCUCCUCUCCUCUCCCCGUUGCCCCUCUAAAUCACUUUGUGGGGGGAGGGUUGGGAGAACCGCCCCAUAGCAAUGGAAGGAGAGGGAAUAUUGUUCCAGCAGGCAAGCAGAAAUACUUGCACUGGCAGAGCUAUUUGCUCAGUGCUUCUUUGAAUUCCAUCCUGUGCUUUGGAUUGCAGACUCCAGGCAGCCUGCCUGUUGCAUUCUUUUUCAGCAGCGGCUUGGUUUCCUGAACGUAAACUGCAGUCUAUACCAGGGGUCAGCAAACUUUUCCAGCAGGGGGCCGGUCCACUGUCCCUUGUGGGGGGGGGGAGCGACUAUAUUUUUGGGGGGGAAAUGAACGAAUUCCUAUGCCCCACAAAUAACCCAGAGAUGCAUUUUAAAUAAAAGGGCACAUUCUACUCAUGUAAAAGCAUGCAGAUUCCUGGACUGUCCGUGGGCCAGAUUUGGAAGACGAUUGGGCCAGAUCCGGCCCCUGGGCCUUAGUUUGCCUACCCAUGGUCUAUACAUAUCCCCUGUAGUGACUGAAUGCAUAGCUUGCUGCUGCUGCUGCUUCUUUAGUUCCUCCCACUCCUGCAGAUCUUGUUUGUGGAAGGAAGCAGGUACAAUUGCUGGAAGGCACAUUAAAAACCUCUUUUGUGUGCGGUGUGGUCCAUUCAUAUUUUCUUCAUCUGUGCUGGAGGGGAAAGAGGAGUUCCUGGGCAUGCCAACCGCAGGCCAGAAAGCCUGCCUGUUUUCUUAUCUCCCUGCCACUGUUGCUCUCUUGGCACUGCAGUCACCACCUGCUCACACACAUGUUACCUGCAUCCCUGCCUUUGCCAUUGCUGCAUGGUCUCCACUGACACAGCCCGGCCACCGCCCCCCUACCCCGGUGGGCUUCCUUUAAAAAAUAUUUUACAUACUACUUCAAACCUCCAGCUUUCUCUAAGCACCUCAACACCCUCCCCUCUCUCUUCUCAGCCGCCUCAUUUUUUGGCUGCAAUCCCCGUCAGCACUCGCCAAUUGCAUUUGCUAUUAGAAGGAAUGAUUGCCACUGGUCAGGGCCUGGGGUGGGAUGGCUAGCUGUUAAACAGAAUUGACUGGAAUAAAAGUACCAGCGUAAUGCCAUUUUCUCAUCUCCUCUGCCACACGUCCCUUGAUUACCUACUGCUGUAAAUUAUUACUUCUGUGAGAAGCUAUUAAAACCUGGCAAAGUCUCGCUCGGCAAAGAUUUGGGAUGGCAGUCAGAGUGGAUUAUCGCCCUGUUUCUCAAUAUAUGUCCCAUGUGAUUUAAAGGGGAGCUGAAUUGCUGGGAUUAACGCCGCGUGAAACCUAUUGUUCUUAAUUCAAGAUAAGGCAUGACUUAAUCCUGCCGUUUCCCUUUUUAUCACUUUUGCUUGGUGGGAGCCAGAAAAUAAAAGCAGAGCCAAUAGCUUAUUGAUGAGUUUUCGGUGCUUUUCCUCGGUGUUGUUGAUGAUCGUAGAAUCAUAGAUCAGAGUUGAAAGGGACCCUGAGGAUCAUCUAGUCCAACCCCCUGCAAUGCAGGAAUAUGUAGCUGUCCCUUCUGGGGAUCGAACUUGCAACCUUGGUGUUAACAGCACCACACUCUAACCAACUGAGCUAUCAUGCUUCUUUCCUAUCAUAAAACCACACGCAAAUUCAUUAGGAAAUGCCAGCAUGGCCAUGUGUAUUGCCAAACCUUUGAACUCUGGGCAGUUCUUUUAGGAUUGUGGCACAAUGCAAUGCUUAAGACACACAUUUGUAAUGCAGGUUGGAACGCAUUCUUCGUAUUAACUCUAAAACUAGGUGUAAAUUCAGCUAUACUGCAGUUGCUUAACUGUUGUCUACUUAGGAAGCUAUUGGAAGAGACGAUUUGCACAAUAUAUGGACAUCAUUCUAUGGAGCACUACUAUGGAUUGGUUUGGCUGUAUUGCCAAACCAUGUUUUUUGGUUAGGCAACAAACCAUAGUUUGUGUUCCAAACAUAUAGACAAACCAUGGAUUGUGUGGUCUCCCCUUUCUUUCCUCGAGAAUUCCAGGACGCCACCCAAACAGCAUGAAAAAAAUGUCCCAGUCCAUGGCUGGUUGGUUCAGGUGGAAUUACAAACCAACUAUGGUUUGCAAACUGGUGCCAAACUAAUUUCAGAUCCUGGUUUGACAGCUACCCAGAGAUCGUUUGUCAGAUAUUGCUGGUUUAGCCAUUGAAACAAACCGUGGUUUAGCAUUGCAUCAGAGCCAUCUCAGUGACUUAGUGACAGAUUUGGCUAAACAUGGAAAUCUGCAUCAGUUGGCAAGCAUUUGGCUAUGACUGCUCUGCGUUGUUUGUUUGUUUGCUUGCUUGCUUCAUUUGUAUCCCACCUUUCUUCUGUAAUGGAAUUCAAGUUAUCUUACAUGGGGUACUCAUCCAGCCACUGACCAAAGCCACACCUGCUCAACUUCAGCAGGAUAGAAACAUCACUUGUAUGAGAGUAUGUCUUUUUUGUGAUGUUUGGUCUGUGGUGGUUGGUACUCCCAUAGAAGUAAUCAUCACUUGUUGUUCUGUUAUCACGGAGUGAGUCUCUGUAUGACAACUGCAUUUAUGGAUAAGGCUAAGAUGGCUAAUCCAGUGAGUUCACUGCUGACACUGGAGUGGGGGACUUGCAGAGCUACCCAUGUUUGUACAGUGGUACCUUGGGUUAAGUACUUAAUUCGUUCCGGAGGUCUGUUCUUAACCUGAAACCGAUUUUAACCUGAAGCACCACUUUAGCUAAUGGAGCCUCUUGCUGCUGCCGCGCCACCGGAGCACGAUUUUUGUUCUCAUCCUGAAGCACAGUUCUUAACCUGAAGCACUAUUUCUGGGUUAGCGGAGUGUGUAACCUGAAGUGUAUGUAACCUGAAGCGUAUGUAACCCGAGUUACCACUGUACUUCAUUGUUGUUUUCACACGUACCCUUUGCAAUUGCAGGAAAUUGUCAGAUGUGUUUGCUAAAUAUUAUUUCAUGCUCUGGUCCAGGGUCAUUUAGGCUGCAGUGCUAUACACGCUUACCAGGAAGUCAGACGCAUUGAACAGGCAUGCCUAGGAUGGCUCUGAUAAUAAUCUAACAUUCAGUGUCAUUUAUUGUAAAGCAAUUGUGUUAAUGCUCACAGCUGAGAAAGAAAGGCUGAAUAUGUCCCAACUAAGGACCCGGAAACGGAAAGAAAACAAAAGGACAGAUUUGUCAGAGAUGUUAUAAAUUUUCAGUUGACAUUGAAUGCUUCCUUUUUUAUUUACAAACUCCUGGGGUUUCAAAAGUAUAGUUGCAGAGGGCGAACCUGCGCAUAACUUUUCCCCACUUUCUUUCAUUUUUUAAAAAACACAAAAAACAUGCUUGAACUGGCAAAACUGUAGUUUUGCAUAGUCUGCCCCCUGGUGCAUAGAUGAAGGUAGUAAAAAUGAUGGAAAAUACUAGAGGAUUGCAUAUAUAUAUAUAUAUAUAUAUAUAUAUAAUUUUAAGACUUUUUAGAAUUUUAAGACUUUUUAGAUUUUUAGAAGCUUCCCCUCUGCAUGAUACCCUUUUCAUAUAUUUUCAGCAAGGAACUGAUGCAAACAUGCCACCUCUUGUUCUCUGCCAUCCUUUGUCCUUGGUUAGGGCUCCACUUCGUUAUAGCUUCUCCCUAAUUACUAUGAACAGAAGAACCAGACUGUUCACCAGUGAUUGUUUGCCCAUCUGCCUUCUUCAUCAAAGAACAUUCCUUCUUUUUCAUUUUCUUCCACCUCCCCCGCCCCCCUCUUCUGGUGUGUGGACUCUUUUCCCCUCUCCUUUUUUCUAUCAUUCUGUAUAUACACUGCAUGCUUUGGUAGAAAUAAUCCUGAGAUUCCUCGUUGCAGGCAAUUUGGACAUAGGAGCUUCAGGCCACUUCUGCCAUUCUAUUUGUUUGUUGUUUAGUUGUUUAGUCGUGUCCGACUCUUCGUGACCCCAUGGACCAGAGCACACCAGGCACUCCUGUCUUCCACUGCCUCCCGCAGUUUGGUCAGACUCAUGUUUGUAGCUUCGAGAACACUGUCCAACCCCAUCUCGUCCUCUGUCGUCCCCUUCUCCUUGUGCCCUCCAUCUUUCCCAACAUCAGGGUCUUUUCCAGGGAGUCUUCUCUUCUCAUGAGGUGGCCAAAGUAUUGGAGCCUCAGCUUCACGAUCUGUCCUUCCAGUGAGCACUCAGGGCUGAUUUCCUUAAGAAUGGAUACGUUUGAUCUUCUUGCAGUCCAUGGGACUCUCAAGAGUCUCCUCCAGCACCAUAAUUCAAAAGCAUCUAUUCUUCAGCGAUCAGCCUUCUUGAUGGUCCAGCUCUCACUUCCAUACAUCACUACUGGGAAAACCAUGGCUUUAACUAUACGGACCUUUGUUGGCAAGGUGAUGUCUCUGCUUUUUAAGACACUGUCUAGGUUUGCCAUCACCUUUCUCCCAAGGGGCAGGCGACUUUUAAUUUCGUGGCUGCUGUCACCAUCUGCAGUGAUCAUGGAGCCCAAGAAAGUAAAAUCUCUCACUGCCUCCAUUUCUUCCCCUUCUAUUUGCCAAGAGGUGAUGGGCCCAGUGGCCAUGAUCUUCGUUUUUUUGAUGUUGAGCUUCAGACCAUAUUUUGCGCUCUCCUCUUUCACUCUCAUUAAAAGGUUCUUUAAUUCCUCCUCACUUUCUGCCAUCAAGGUUGUGUCAUCUGCAUAUCUGAGGUUGUUGAUAUUUCUUCCGGCAAUCUUAAUUCCGGCUUGGGAUUCAUCCAGCCCAGCCUUUCGCAUGAUGAAUUCUGCAUAUAAGUUAAAUAAGCAGGAGACAAUAUACAGCCUUGCCGUACUCCUUUCCCAAUUUUGAACCAAUCAGUUGUUCCAUAUCCAGUUCUAACUGUAGCUUCUUGUCCCACAUAGAGAUUUCUCAGGAGACAGAUGAGGUGAUCAGGCACUCCCAUUUCUUUAAGAACUUGCCAUAGUUUGCUGUGGUCGACACAGUCAAAGGCUUUUGUAUAGUCAAUGAAGCAGAAGUAGACGUCUUUCUGGAACUCUCUAGCUUUCUCCAUAAUCCAGUUCAUGUUUGCAAUUUGGUCUCUGGUUCCUCUGCCCCUUCAAAAUCCAGCAUGCACUUCUGGGAGUUCUCGGUCCACAUACUGCUUAAGCCUGCCUUGUAGAAUUUUAAGCAUAAUCUUACUAGCGUGUGAAAUGAGCGCAAUUGUGCAGUAGUUGGAGCAUUCUUUGGCACUGCCCUUCUUUGGGAUUGGGAUGUAGACUGAUCUUCUCCAAUCCUCUGGCCACUGCUGAGUUUUCCAAAUUUGCUGGCAUAUUGAGUGUAGCACCUUAACAGCAUCAUCUUUUAAAAUUUUAAACAGUUCAGCUGGAAUAUCAUCACUUCCGCUGGCCUUGUUAUUAGCAGUGCUUUCUAAGGCCCAUUUGACUUCACUCUCCAGCAUGUCUGGCUUAAGGUCAGCAACCACACUACCUGGGGUAUACGAGGCAUCCAUUUCUUUCUGGUAUAGUUCCUCUGUGUAUUCUUGCCACCUCUUCUUGAUGUCUUCUGCUUCUGUUAGGUCCUUUCCACUUUUGUCUUUUAUUAUGGUAAUCUUUGUACGAAAUGUUCCUUUCAUAUCUCCAAUUUUCUUGAACAGAUCUCUGGUUUUUCCCGUUCUAUUGUUUUCCUCUAUUUCUUUGCAUUGCUCAUUUAAGAAGCCCUUCUUGUCUCUCCUUGCUAUUCUUUGGAAAUCUGCAUUCAAUUUCCUGUAUCUUUCACUAUCUCCCUUGCAUUUUGCUUUCCUUGUCUCCCCCGCUAUUUGUAAGGCCUCGUUGGACAGCCACUUUGCUUUCUUGCAUUUCCUUUUCAUUGGGAUGGUUUUAGUUUCUGCCUCCUGUAUAAUGUUACGAGCCUCCAUCCAUAGUUUUCCGGCACUCUGUCCACCAAAUCUAAAUCCUUAAACCUGUUCCUCACUUCCACUGUGUAUUCAUAAGGGAUUUGACUUAGAUUGUAUCUUACCGGCCCAGUGGUUUUUCCUACUUUCUUCAGUUUAAGCUUGAAUUUUGCUAUAAGAAGCUGAUGAUCUGAGCCACAGUCCGCUCCAGGUCUUGUUUUUGCUGACUGUAUAGAGCUUCUCCAUCUUUGGCUGCAGAGAAUAUAAUCAAUCUGAUUUUGAUGCUGCCCAUCUGGUGAUGUCCAUGUGUAGAGUCGUCUCUUGUGUUGUUGGAAAAGAGUGUUUGUGAUGACCAGCUUGUUCUCUUGGCAGAACUCUAUUAGCCUUUGCCCUGCUUCGUUUUGAACUCCAAGACCAAACUUGCCAGUUGUUCCUUUUAUCUCUUGACUCCUACUUUAGCAUUCCAAUCCCCUAUAAUGAGAAGAACAUCCUUCUUUGGUGUCAUUUCUAGAAGGUGUUGUAAGUCUUCAUAGAAUUGGUCAAUUUCAGUUUCUUCAGCACCAGUGGUUGGUGCAUAAACUUGGAUUACUGUGAUGUUAAAAGGUCUGCCUUGGAUUCGUAUUGAGAUCAUUCUAUCAUUUUUGAGAUUGCAUCCCAGUACAGCUUUUGCCACUCUUUUGUUGACUAUGAGGGCCACUCCAUUUCUUUUACGGGAUUCUUGCCCACAGUAGUAGAUAUGAUGGUCAUCCGAACUGAAUUCGCCCAUUCCUGUCCAUUUUAGUUCACUGAUGCCCAGGAUGUCAAUAUUUAUUCUUGCCAUCUCAUUUUUGACCACAUCCAACUUACCAAGGUUCAUGGUUCUUACAUUCCAGGUUCCUAUGCAAUAUUUUUCUUUACAGCAUUGGACUUUCCUUUCGCUUCCAGGCAUAUCCGCAACUGAGCGUCCUUUUGGCUUUGGCCCAGCCGCUUCAUCAGCUCUGAAUCUACUUGUACUUGUCCUCCGCUCUUCCUCAGUAGCAUGUUGGACGCCUUCUGACCUGAGGGGCUCAUCUUCCAGCGUCAUAACUUUUAUAUGCCUGUUGUCUUUGUCCAUGGAGUUUUCUUGGCAGGGAUACUGGAGUGGCUUGCCGGUUCCUCCUCCAGGUGGAUCAUGUUUGGUCAAAACUCUCCACUAUGACCUGUCCAUCUUGGGUGGCCCUGCACGGCAUAGCUCAUAGCUUCUCUGAGUUAUUCAAGCCCCUUCGCCACGGCAAGGUAGUGAUCCAUGAAGGGGACCAUUCUAUUACUAUAGACCAUUUAGGCAGAGAAAAUGACCACCACACAACAGACACAUAUCAAAUAUUCUACCCCAUUUCUUAAAGGUAAAGGUCAAGGUAAAGGAGACCCCUGACCAUUAGGUCCAGUCAUGGCCGACUCUGGGGUUGCGGCGCUCAUCUUGCUUUAUUGGCUGAGAGAGCCGGCGUAGAGCUUCCGGGUCAUGUGGCCAGCAUGACUAAGCCACUUCUGACGAACCACAGCAGCACACGGAAACGCGUCCCUACCCCAUUUCUUACUCAGCUACAAAUUUGCCAUUUACUCCAGAGAGUGGAGGUUUACAGCCCUGUUCCAGGGUGGCACUAACUUAUUUUAUCUUGGCACAUCUGUUUCAUUCCCCCCCCCCCGUCUUUUUUAUGAUUUAUAUGUAUUUUAGCCCCCAUAAGGACCCUUUCCUCCUGCCUUCCCUGUAGAUUGAAUUUUACUUCAUUUGAAUAAGUUAUUUCUACAGUCCCAUUAUACACGCAGUGAAACAACCUCACUUUCUACAUUCCUUCCUACUUUUAGAUCUGUACCGAACGGUGUCAGCAGAGAGCUUGCUGCAGAGUUUAUCAUGAAGGGGUUGUGUUUCCAGUAGGCUGGGGUGGCAAUGCUAAUUUAGUUUGUAUUUGGCUUCCAUUUAAAGGGUCAUUGGUUCUUCUGGGCUUCUGCAAUGGCAACAGAUUUCAUAUACGGUGACAGUUGUAGCUAAAUUCCCACCAUAGAAUAGUGAGCUGGCGAAGUAGUUUGCAGGUUGAAAUUUGGCUGGGGGGGGGGGGCGGGGGCUGCCUUCACAUUCCCUGAUCAGACAUGGUGGCAUAUUUAGGAAUUCAAUUGAACUUAGGAAUUCCAUUGAACUCAGCUGUGCUUAUUUCUGAAUUCAUGGGUACAACCUGUAAAACACGCUGAGAUUUUAACAGCAGCUCUUCCCUUAGCUGCAAUGCAACCUUUAGCUUUUAAUUCAAAACGCAAACAACCUUGCAAAAGAAGUGCUAACGUUUAAGCUGCUAGGAAUCCUAUCAAAAACAGUAUCCCACCUCUGCUUUAUUAUUUUCCUCAUUCUUGAUGCUAGUUAUCACUUUGUUCACUUGGCAGAGCAAAGAUGGUCCAUCAGUUCCCUUAGUGCUACCUGCUGCAUCCCUCUGCCACUAUAUCCCAUAUUGGGUUCCCCAAACUUCAGGGGCAGCUUGGGAAGGCAGUGAUGGGAAGGGGGAGACUGGUAAAAUCCGGAUGCCCAGAAUUGCGCAAAAGUCAGUGCUUUCCACCAGCUGCAAAGCCACCAUUGAAUACAGCCCAGAAUAUGCUCUUUCAAGCUACCUAUGAGCAUUAUGUGACAGUGUAGCCAGCUGGCCACAUCAACGUCGCAAGAACACAAACAGAAACAUUUGGUGAGGUUCCCCAUUAAUUCAUUUGAAUGCCACUUGCUCAUGAGCAACAUGGAGCUCAAAAUGCUUAGGGGCAAUAUCCCCACAACUUGCAAGAAUGUAAGUGUUUUCUGCUGCUGCUGUCACCAUUGGAUGCAGUCCUCAGCCUUCACCAACCCGGUACUCUCCAGAUGUUUUGAAUUACAACUCCCAUGCAUAUGGUAGCUGGGGAUGAUGGGAGUUGUAGUUCAAAGCAUUUAGAUGGCACUAGCUCAGCAAAGGGUGUUCUUCUGAACUGAAUUCACGCGCUCUUAACAUUUUUUCUUCUCCUUACAGGAAGAUGGAUACAGCAAAAGACGGGAGGAAGGAGUGAGAAGGGUGGAGAAGUGUUCAUGUAAUAAUGGAAGGCUGAAAACCACGAGGGUCAAGUAG